AUGCCUUGUGGCGCCCUUGAAAAUAUCGACGAAUGCACCGCCUACGAAAGUCCCUGCGGCUCGAACGCGGUGUGCAGGAACACCGAGCCCGGUUACACGUGUGACUGUCCUCCUGGCUACAGCGCCAACCCUAGUCCUAAAGUUGCUUGUGAUCAGACGGACGUUACGACUUUGUGCAAGUCGAACUUCGACUGCGUCAACGACGCCGAGUGCAUCGAGGGCCAGUGCUUCUGCAAGGACGGCUUCAAGGCCGUCGGCGCGAUCUGCGAAGACUUGAACGAGUGUACGACGAGCCCCUGCGGACCGGCCGCCAUCUGUACGAAUACCAAGGGCGGAUUCAGGUGCGACUGCGAGGCUGGAUUCAUCGGCACCCCGCCACACGUUCCGUGCAAAGGUAAUGAUCAUUGCGAUCGUCCAGCACCGUGCGACGAGGUGACGUGCAGCGAGCACGCCUACUGCAAGGCGGACGGCCAAGAGGCCUACUGCAUCUGCGAGGACGGCUGGACGUUCAACCCGAGCGACAUCGCGGCGGGCUGCGUCGACAUCAACGAGUGCGACCCGGUGAUCAACGGACCCUCGGGCCGCUGCGGCCGGAACGCCGUCUGCACCAACGGCCCCGGCAGCUUCGGCUGCCAGUGCAAGUCCGGCUACUCGGGCAACGCCUUCAAGCAGUGCCUCGACGUCAACGAGUGCGCCCGAGCCGACGCCUGCGGACACGGAGCGACCUGUACGAACACGGACGGCUCGUACUCUUGCUCUUGUCCAGAGGACACGGUGCCCGACCCCGACCCCUACACCAAGUGCGUCGGCAUCGUCACCUGCGACGCCGACGCCGACUGCCCCGGCAACGCCGUCUGCGACGCCCAGAAGCGCUGCCUGUGCCCCGAGCCCAACGUCGGCAACGACUGCAGACAUCCCUGCGAAGACCUGUCGUGCGGACCGAACGCCCACUGCAUGCUGCUGAACGACGUGGCGAGCUGCCUCUGCAAGGCCGGUUUCACGGGCCGUCCCGGCGCGAAGGACGGCUGCCGCGACAUCGACGAGUGCGUGAUCAACCCGUGCCCAGCGGGCGCCGUCUGCAACAACGAGGCGGGCUCGUUCUCCUGCCAGUGCCCGAGCGGCAUGAUCGGCGACCCCUACGACGCCGGCUGCGAGCAGUCUCGGCUGCCCCACGUCUGCGGACCCAACACCCCCUGUCCCCGGGGCGAGCAGUGCGUCAAAGACGAGUUCGUCGGCAGCAGCGUCUGCAUCUGCCAGCGGGGCUACACGCGCGACGCCGAGAGCGGCAAGUGCCGCGACGCCAACGAGUGCCUCGAGUCCCGCGACAGGCCCGCCUGCGGCGUCAACGCCAUCUGCAAGAACCUGCCCGGCAGCUACGAGUGCCAGUGCCCGCCGGGCUUCAACGGCAACCCCUUCUCGCUCUGCGAGGAGUGCAACAGCAUCGAGUGCCAGUGCCAGCCGCCCUACAAGAUCGUCGACGGCAAGUGCAUCCUGGCGGACUGCUCGAAGGGAGAGAAGUGCCCGCAGGGAGCCGAGUGCAUCAAGAUCGCCGGCGGCGUCAGCUACUGCGCCUGUCCCAAGGGCUACAGCACCAGGCCCGACGGGGUCUGCGAGGACGUCAACGAGUGCACGGAGGGACGACAGGUCUGCGGCUACGGCGCCGAGUGCAUCAACCAGCCGGGAUCCUACCAGUGCGUCUGUCCCCACGGCUACGGCGGGGAUCCGUACAACGGACUCUGCUCGCCGGCGCAGAAGAGAUGCACGCACGACAACGAGUGCAGAGCCAACGAGAAGUGCGUUCAACCCGGGGAGUGCAUCUGUCCACCGCCUUUCUACACCGAUCCCUACGACGGAAAUCUCUGCAAAAAUCCGUGCGACCGCUUCCCAUGCGGAAUGAACGCAAAGUGCACACCGACCGACCCGCCCAAGUGCAUGUGCCAAGCGGGCUACGAGGGCGACCCGCAACACGGCUGCACCGACGUCAACGAGUGCGCGAACAACCCGUGCGCUCGAGGCGCCUACUGCUUUAACACCAAGGGUGGCCACGUGUGCGAGUGCCCUCGCGGUAGCUCCGGCGACCCCUACGGCUCGGGCUGCGUCGGCGGAGGUGGACCCAUGGCCAAGCAGGAGUGCUCGGCGAACGACGACUGCGACAACUACCUCGCCUGCGUACAGGGCAGCUGCGUCAAUCCCUGCGACGACGUGCCCUGCGGACCCAACGCCUACUGCGAGCCCGACAAGCACGCAGCCUGGUGUCGUUGCGUGAUCGGCUUCACCGAGGCUCAGAACAAUGAAUGCGUGUCCCAAUGCGAUGGAUACGUGUGCGGCGCUGGUGCCCAGUGUAUUGUCAGCUACGACGGACCGACCUGCAAGUGUAUCGAGGGCUUCAUGGGCAACCCCUUCCCGGGUGGCCAGUGUGUGCCUGACGUCUGUUCACCCGACGUUCCUUGCGCCGAACCCAGCGUUUGCAUCGGUGGCCGCUGCAAGCGGCGCUGUGAAGGCGUCGUCUGCGGUAUCGGUGCCAUGUGCGACCCUCAGACCAACAAGUGCGUCUGCAACCCCUACUUCAUCGGAAACCCCGAUUUCCUCUGCAUGCCACCGAUCCAACCACCGAAAUGCGAGCCCGCAUGCGGCACGAACGCUCACUGCGAGUACGGUGCCACGGAGUCCAAGUGCGUCUGCAAUCCCGGCACGAGCGGUAAUCCCUACCUGGGCUGCGGCAUCCAAGAGAAGUCCGACUGCUCGGGAGCUCACUGCGGCAUCGGCGCCCAGUGCAGCGCAGGUCCCAACGCAGUCGAAUGCGUUUGCCCAGCAGGUUAUGCGGGAAACCCAUACAUUCAGUGUUACGACAUUAACGAGUGUAACGGAAACGCAUGCGGCAACAAUGCAGUGUGUAUUAACACGAUCGGCAACUACGAUUGCCGUUGCAAAGACGGUUACUUCGGCAAUCCGUUCGUGAGCUGUCAGCGCGUGGAACUCGGCGCGUGCAAAGAUCCGGACACCUGUCCCUGCAGUCAAGAGCUUCCUUGUCCUCUGGACUACAGCUGCGUGAGCGGCAAGUGCGUCGACAAGUGCACCAACGUCAAGUGCGGCCCGCGCUCCGUCUGUCAGGACGGCGCGUGCGUCUGCCCGCCCGGCUACAGCGGCAAUCCUAACGAUCUCCGCCGUGGCUGUCAGCAAAAGGGCCACUGCUCGAACGACCUCGACUGUGAGCCCCAGCAGAUUUGUUUCCAACUGGGCAAGGGCACGCGAAAGUGCCUCGACGGCUGCAGUAAACUCCAAUGCGGCCCUAAUGCCCUCUGCGUUACGCAGAACCACGUGUCAUCCUGUCUCUGCGUCGACGGUUUCUCCGGAGACCCGAGCAACCUAGUCGAGGGAUGCCAGCCCGGCAAGUCUGCGAACGACAUCUCAUGCCGCGACGACAGCGAGUGCGAACCGGGCUACUUCUGCGUCCCAGGAGCAGCUCAUGGGCUCAGGGAGUGCGUAAACCCCUGCAGCGCUGUUGCCUGCGGAGCACACCAGAAGUGCGAGGCCGAACCGAGCGGUCGCGCGGCCUGCAAGUGCCAAGACAACUACGAGUGGAACCCAGUGUCUUCCUCCUGCGAGAAACCUUCCGUACCCGACUGUAUUCACGAUGCCGACUGUCCCGCAACAGCGGCCUGUAAACCUGACGACCUCGGCGUUCUGAAGUGCGCGCCCAUCUGCGAGAGCUUUACCUGCACGGCCAACUCGCAGUGCGUGGCUAGCGACCACCAGGCGCGAUGCGAAUGUCUGCCCGGCUUCAGCGGCAAUCCGAACGACCGCUACGGCUGCCAGAGCGCGCGCAAGGACCAGUGCGUCAGCGACACCGACUGCCCCGAAACCGAGACCUGUAAGUCUACCAGCAGUGGCGCGCUGUCUUGUCAGCCAGUCUGUAACUUCCUCAACUGCGGGCCGAACGCUCUCUGUGUUGUGCGUAACCACGUGGCCAACUGCGAAUGCCCACCCGGACUUUAUGCCGGCGACCCGAACGACGCGAGCAAGGGCUGCCAGACGGUACCCUGCGUCUACAACAUCGACUGUCCGCCGACGCAGCUCUGCAACCUGCAGAAGCACACCUGCUACGAGGCUUGUGAUAAAAAUGCCUGCGGUCUCAACGCCGUCUGCAUCGCUGACGACCACAAGGCUAUCUGCCAGUGCCCACCGGGCUUCAAGCCGAAUCCCGUUGCCGACAUCGAGUGUACAGCGCUCCAUACCUGUCAGCCUAAUCCCUGCCAUCCGUCGGCUGUCUGCGUGGCCGGCGCUUCGGCCAGCCCAAUCUGCCAGUGUCCACCUAACCACGUAGGCGAUCCUUACGCGGGAGGCAAGGGCUGCCAGCUCGAGGGCCACUGCACCUCGAACAAGGACUGCCCAGUGCACUCGAUUUGCCAGGCGCGCAGGUGCGUGAAUCCCUGCGAGAACGCGUGUGGACCUAACGCCCUUUGCGAGAUCGUAAAUGGCGAGCCACUCUGCAAGUGUAUGCGUAGAUUCGUGCCCUCUACCAAGGGCCUGGAGGACGGCUGCGUCAGACAAACCAGCAAGUGCGCUAUUGAUUCUGAUUGCGAAGACAGUGUUUGCCUCGAUGGACAGUGCAGAGCUGUGUGUCGAUCGGCAUCCGAUUGCUCCGACGGAGAGAAGUGCAUAGACAAAAAAUGCGUUGUGUCUUGCAUAAGCCACAGUCAAUGUCAAAAAGAUCAAGCUUGUUCUAAUAAUAUUUGCGUACUGGGAUGUCGAAGCAGUAGAGACUGUGCUUCAUCCGAAUCCUGCAUCAACAACAAAUGUCAAGAUCCCUGUAAAAAGGAAAACGUAUGCGGUCCGAAUGCAGUUUGCAAUUGCAUUGACCACUCCACGACUUGCAGUUGCCCGUUGGGCUUCCAGGGUAAUCCAACAGCUCAGCAAGGCUGUGUCAGAGUACCCAGUUCUUGUAAAACUUCUCUGGACUGUCCGAACCAACAUUCUUGUAUUUCCGGACAGUGCCAGUGCCAGUGUAAAGAACAGAGCAAUUGUGCCCAGGGCGAGCGCUGUAACAACGGGUUCUGCUACAAGAUCUGCUAUGGUGACAGCAAUUGCUUACCUGGUGAACUUUGUAUCGACGGAAACUGCGAAACUGGCUGUACCUCUGAUGCUGGCUGCAAUGCCGAUGAAGUCUGCAUUAACAACAAGUGCAGGUGUGCACAAGGCUUCAUCGCUGGCCCCGAGAAGUGCCUAGAUAUCGACGAAUGCGAAGAUCAACCGUGUCAUCCAUCUGCGAAGUGCAUAAACAUUCGCGGAAGCUACCGAUGCGUCUGUCCACAAGGCACUGCCGGUGAUCCGGUUGGCGCUGGAUGCUCUACGCCUAGCCAGUGUAACGUUGAUUACGACUGUCCUGAAACUCAAGCAUGUAUCAAGCACAGUUGCACGGAUCCUUGCUCUUUCGCCGAUUGCGGAGCGAAUGCCAUUUGCUCAGUUAUAGAUCACGCCGCCGCAUGCCAGUGUCAACCUGGUUAUAUCGGUGAUGCAUCUGGCUGCUUCAAAGUUGAAUGUCAAUCGAACAAUGACUGCCCUGGAGAUAAAUAUUGCAACAUCGAUACCAACAAGUGUGCAAGUCCUUGCAAUCAAAUAAAUUGUGGAUACGGAAACUGUAUUGCAACGAAUCACGAAGCUGUGUGUAAAUGUUACGAAGGAUACAAUCUUCUUGGAGACACGUGCGUUGACAUCAAUGAAUGUCUACAGAAACCUUGCCACACAACAGCUAUCUGUCAAAACAACGAAGGCUCGUACACGUGUACUUGCCCACGUGGCUUGGUUGGCGAUCCAUUUAAACUGGGUUGCAAACAGCCCGGUGACUGCUUUACUGACUCUGAUUGCCCUAACACCGCGUCCUGCUUAGACAAUACUUGCCGCGACCCAUGCUCAAUUGCGGGCACGUGUGGUCGCAACGCUGAGUGUCAAAUGCGCGACCAUGUUCCGAUCUGCAAAUGUCCUGGACAGACCUCCGGAGAUCCACUCGUCGAGUGUAUCCAGUACGAGUGCAACCACCACAGCGAGUGCGAGCCCUCGAGCGCUUGCUACGAUCAUAAGUGCGUCGACCCAUGCUCCGUUCCAAACGCUUGCGGAAUCGGAGCCGACUGCUCGCCACUCAAUCAUAGCUACGUAUGCACCUGCCAACCUGGUGGUACCGGAGACCCGAAUCUCGGAUGUACACCCGUUCAGUAUUGCAAAGCAGAUCAUCAAUGUCCAACUGGAUCGUCUUGCAACGGUGGUAUUUGUACGGCGUUAUGUACAAGUACCAGAGACUGUAUCGGAGACCAACUGUGUAUCAAGGGCUUGUGUCAACCGACUUGCAGACACAACUCGAGCUGCCCCGAAUUCCAGUAUUGCUUGAACAACAUUUGCGUACAAGAGCUGCGCUGUCUUUCAGAUAACGACUGUGACAUCGAUGAGAAAUGCAUCAACAACAACGUAGGCCAAGCACAGUGCCAGAAGGCGUGCGACUCCAUUCUGUGUGGAAGAAACGCCGAAUGUAGAGCAGAUAAUCACGUUGCACACUGCUCUUGUAAGAAAGGAUUCUUCGGCGAUGCCAACAAUGACAAAAUCGGUUGCCAACCUAUCGAAUGUACGUCCCACGAUGACUGUUCCGAGGAAAAGAUCUGCGAUCAUCACAUAUGUAGAAUUGCUUGUCUCGCACACAAUCCUUGCGGACACAAUGCCAUUUGCUCGACCAAACAUCACGCACAAGUGUGCAGUUGUCAACCAGGCUACACGGGAGAAGCCACGAUCGGCUGUCAGAUGAUCGAUCAUUGCGCUGAAUCGCCUUGCGCUCCAGGAGCUACAUGCGAAAAUCACCGUGGUAGCUAUAAAUGUAACUGUCAACCGGGAACAGUUGGAGAUCCUUACAACAGUGGUUGUCAAACUCCCGGAGAGUGCUCGAUCGACGAAGACUGUCCAACUUCUGCCAAAUGCGUUAACGUCAACAACCUACCAAAAUGUUUCGAUGUCUGCGCUAACUUGCAAUGCGGACCGAACUCUGAUUGCGUCGCUGACAAUCACGUUGGACAUUGCCAGUGCAGAUCAGAUUACGAUGGCGAUGCUAACGACUUGAUCGUUGGUUGCAGACCGAAACCAAAACAUUGUACCUCAUCCGCUGAAUGCGUUGGAAACUGCUACGAAAGUAUCUGCAGACCUCCAUGUACAUCCGACGAUGAAUGCAACUUAUCAGACGUUUGCUCGAAUGGAGAAUGCUUAGAUCCAUGCAAAAUGAGAGCUGCUUGUGGAAUCAACGCUUAUUGCCAAGUCAGAAAUCACAUGAAACACUGCAGUUGCCCGCCUAACUUUACCGGAAACUCUGAGGUCGAAUGCGUUAGAUUGCCAGUCUCCUGCAGCAGCACAAACGAUUGCAACGAGGGCAACACUUGCCGUCACAACGUUUGCCUACCAACUUGCGUCAGCGACACCGAGUGUGCCUUCAACGAGAAAUGCAUGCGCGGCAACUGCCUGCUGACCUGCAAAGUCAACAACGAUUGCUUCCUCGGCGACAUCUGCCUCGAGAAUAUCUGCACAGCCGGCUGUGGUGGCGACGAAGACUGCAAUGCCAACGAGGCUUGCGUCUCGAAUAAAUGCGUCAAUCCUUGCGAAGUCACUCCUUGUGGACCAAACGCCAAGUGCUCGGUCACGAAUCAACGAGCUACUUGCUCCUGCACACUCGGAUUCAUACCCAACCCAACUGCGAAGGUCGCCUGCUUAAGAGCACCAGGACCAAGCUGCCUGGCCAACAGAGAUUGUUCUCCUGGUAACGCUUGCAUCAGCGGAAUCUGCAGACCGGUCUGCUCUUCGAACUCCAACUGUCUGAGCAACGAACGCUGCGAUUCUGCCGGAGUGUGCAAGGCUCUAUGUAGGCAAGACGAGGACUGCCGAAGCGGUGAAAUUUGCGAGGGGCUAGUCUGCUCGAGCGGAUGCCGAUCUGACAUCGAGUGUCAAGACAACUUCGGCUGCUCCAACAACCAGUGCACGGACUUAUGCUCGCUUCCGAAUGCCUGUGGAACGAACGCUCUAUGUUCCGUCAGCAAUCACGUCAAGCAGUGCAGUUGUCCAGUGCCGCUGAUCGGCGACCCAGCGUACGGAUGCAGGCAGUCGUUCCUGCCCUGCUCCACUGACUCCGAAUGCAUACCCGGACAAUCGUGCUACGGCAGAUCUUGUUACACAACGUGUCGUAGCGACGCCAACUGCCUGAAUGACGAGCGGUGCGACGGCGGUCUGUGCAAAGCCAUCUGCAACAGCGACGCCGAGUGCUCCUCGAAUCAAAUCUGCCAGAACCGAAUGUGCGACAUCGGAUGUCGCAGCGAUAACUCUUGCCCUAACGACGAAUCUUGUAUCGGCAACAAAUGCAAAAAUCCAUGCGAAGGUGGCAGAACUUGCGGUGAAUGUGCAGGCUGCCGAGUCAUCAACCACGCGGCUCAGUGCAGUUGCCCUCCGAAUUACUACGGCAAUGCUCUUAUAAGCUGCACAAAGACAAUGAUUCCGUGCGAUGGAGGCUGCGAGUGCGAUGAGACUGGCUUUUGCGUUAACAGCUGCCAAGCGCAAGAACAUUGCUCUUGCGGAGAACAAUGCCACGAAGGAAAGUGUCGUAUCAAGUGUGACAUCAACAACGAAUGUCCUAAGGGUUACACUUGCGAUGGUGGAUUGUGCCUGGUCGGUUGCCGAAGUCACUCCGACUGCCCUGCCAUUCUGUCCUGCACAAACGGACAGUGCACUGACCCUUGCCUAUCUGGCCAAUCCCCUUGCGGUAUCAAUGCUCUGUGCAGAAUAUCAAAUCAUCGGGCAGUAUGUCUGUGCCCCGACGGUUUCCAGGGCGAACCCAGCAAAGAGUGCUACCAACUCGAGUGUCAUCACGACGAUGACUGCGAGUCCAAUAAACAUUGUAGCGAAUCCGGAGUUUGUACUAACCCCUGUCUGCAGCAUGGCGUGUGCGGCUUCAAUGCUCAAUGCCGUGUUGUCAACCGUAAAGCUCAAUGCUCUUGCCCGCCUGGACAUUUCGGCAAUCCCAAGGUCAACUGCAAGAAAGGUAAACCAGAAAGAGCCGCACCAGAUUGUCGAACAGUCGGCUGCGGUAAGAACGCAGAGUGCAUACGCGACGGCACGUUAUUCGUGUGCAGAUGUCCUCCGGGUACGACCGGAUCACCGGACGUCGAGUGCACGACAGAUGUGAAAUGUACGUCCGACGAGGCGUGUCCAGCACAACUGGCUUGCAUAAACCAACAAUGUCUGAACCCUUGCACGAUCGGCAGCCCUUGUGAAUACUCCGACGAAUGCAUUGUCGAGCAUCAUCGAGCCGUGUGCUUCAAAGUGACCGAACGCAACAGCACAGGCUGUCCCUACUGUCCCAGCGGAACCGAGUGCGACCCGAUCCAGAAGACCUGCGUCAAAGUGGGUUGCACAAGCGACUGGGACUGCCCGCUGAGCCAGGUCUGCGUCGACCGCAGCUGCCAGGAGCCCUGCAAACUGAAAAACCCCUGCACAGCUCACGCUGUUUGCAUCAACACCAACCACGGAACUGACUGCAGCUGCGAGGACGGCUACCAUGGAAAUGGAUUCUCCGCUUGUUCUCCAGUUGAAUCACCAAAGAAUGUGUGCCAAUAUAACGAAGACUGCCCACCGAACAAGUUGUGCGACCGUCUGAACAGACGUUGCAUUCACGUCUGCUCCGAAGACAGCUGCGGUGACAACGCCGAGUGCUACGUUGAAAACCAUCAAGCCCGCUGCAGGUGUCCAGAAGGAUACGAAGGCAGACCACAGAUUGCCUGCUACGAAGUUUCUCACAGCCCGUGCACGCCGAGCCCUUGCGGUCUGAACGCUCUCUGCGAGGUCGACAAUGGAAGCCCAAUCUGCUUCUGUCCCAAGGGAUUGACCGGAAAUCCGUUUGAACAAUGCAUCCCCGAAGGUGACCAGUGCCAACACAAUCCGUGCGGUUUCAACUCUGGCUGCCGAGUGGUCGACGGUCAGGUGACCUGCUUCUGCUUGCCAGGUUACGAGGGUCAACCACCACAUACACCCUGUGAACUCAAGAACAGUCCGUGCGACCCGUCGCCCUGUGGACCCAAUACUCAUUGUACUGUCUUGGACAACGGGUUCUCCAAGUGUACGUGUCAACCCGGAUACGUCGAGAGUCCCAACACGAUCAGAGGAUGCAUUCCUCAGACCAACCCCUGCGAACCGAAUGUCUGUGGAGAAAACGCCGUUUGCGACUCCUACAGAACACCGCCCUGCUACUGUCCUGCUGGAACAGCUGGUAAUCCUUACAAGAGCUGUAAUGCUGUGGGAGUGGGACUAUGUCAACCUGGACCAUGCGGCGUGAAUGCCGACUGCUACGUUUCCGAUAACCAAGAGCAUUGCUACUGCAAGUACGGAUAUUACGGAGAUGCUUACCAAGGUUGUCACGAGCCACCAAGAUCGCCUUGCAGUCCAAAUCCGUGCGGCCACAAUGCCGAGUGCAAGAUCACUCCUGAUAAUCAAGCUCUUUGCGAAUGCCACCCAGGCACCUCAGGCGACCCAUCCAGUCCGAACGGAUGCGAUAGGCCGGAGUGUCUGCAUGACGAUGAAUGCUCUUCUAAUCAGGCCUGCAUGGCGUACAGAUGCCAGGACGCCUGUGUCGGCGCUUGCGGUAUCAACGCCGACUGUCACGUCGAGGAACAUCGACCGCUCUGUAGCUGUCCUGAAGGUCUCGAGGGUAAUCCGCUCUACAGGUGCUCUGAGCCCUAUGGACCACCACCGGAUAGCUCGAAGAAUCCAUGUGUACCUAGUCCAUGUGGACAUAAUACCCUCUGCCAGGUCAUCGGUAGCCGAGCCGUCUGCUCGUGUCUGCCGGACUUCCAGGGCGAUCCACAGACCGGCUGCAGACAGGAAUGCUCUACCAAUUCCGAUUGCCCGAGCGACAUGGCUUGCUUGGACUACAAGUGCAUCAACCCCUGUUCACUCGGCACUGUUUGUGGUGUUAACGCACACUGCAAAUGCGCUUAUCACACGCCAACUUGCGAAUGUAACGACAACUACUUUGGAAAUCCUUUUAUCAGAUGUACACCGAAACCGCAUAUCACUACCGAUGGCCGAAAUGUCACAAGACCGUGCAAACCAUCACCUUGCGGAGAUUACAAUAGCUGCACAGAUUUCACCGGAACCGUUGCUAUGUGUGGAACCUGCAACUAUCCAGACAACCUGCACAAUCCUUUCUGCAGACCAGAGUGUCUUUGCAAUGCUGACUGUCCAUUCGAUCGCGCUUGCAUCGGCUGGAAAUGCGCCGAUCCUUGCCUUGGUUCGUGCGGCGAAAACGCUCAUUGCCGAGUAGUUCAUCACACUCCAGUAUGCAGCUGCCCACUGGGACUCAACGGAGAUCCCUACAGAGGCUGCUACCAAGCUGCGGAUGAACCUGAUCCAUGCAGUCUGGCUCAGUGUGGCGCUAAUGCAAGAUGCAUCGAACAGAAUGGCGUUACCACCUGCCAGUGCGCACCGGAAUACUACGGAAACCCCUAUGUUGCCUGCCAUUUGGAGUGUCUUCAAAACUCCGACUGUGGUUUGAACCUAGCUUGCUCUAACCACAAGUGUGUCAACCCAUGCGAGGGCGCUUGCGGCAAAGACGCGUCUUGCGAUGUUAUCAACCACUCGCCGGUGUGCUACUGUGACGCUGAUUCCACAGGAAAUCCAUUCCAGUACUGCACGCGAUUCCCAUAUGGACCACCAGCUCCCAAGCCAAGCACUUGCGACCCAUCUCCGUGCGGUGCUAACAGUAGGUGCACGCUCUCAGAUCAGGGCUACGCAACCUGCUCUUGUCUGCCAGGUUUCAGAGGCAUUCCGCCGCUCUGCAGUCCCGAGUGCGUGGUUAGCUCCGACUGUCUUCAGAUUCAGACUUGCGUCAACAUGAAGUGCGUAAACCCUUGCAAUUCGGUUUGCGGACAUGGAGCUCUCUGCUCUGUGAUCAAUCACAAUCCCAUAUGCACUUGUCCACCUGGCCAGCUGGGUGAUCCAUUCUUCAAGUGUUACACUGACGACGGAAGGGAAGAACCCGAGGCUCCAUCGUCGUGCAGUCCCAGCCCGUGUGGACCGCACUCGGUCUGUCAAGUCAAGAUGGGUCGACCGGUCUGUUCGUGCCAGAGCAACUUCAUUGGUGUGCCGCCUAACUGCAGGCCUGAAUGCCUUAUAAGCCAGGAAUGUCCAACUGACAUGGCCUGCGUCUCUUUCAAGUGCGUUCACCCAUGCCCGAGCAGUUGUGGAUCCAACUCCGAGUGUACGAUCAUCAACCAUACUCCUUACUGCUCUUGCAAGCCUGGUUUCGAAGGUGACGCUUUCGUUGGCUGUACACCAAAGCCAGCGCCGCCAGCUAUACCCGUCAACCCGUGCGACACCCUCAACUGUGGAAAUAAUGCCUUCUGCACCGUCCACGAUGGAGUGCCAAGGUGCAACUGUAUUCCACCGUACAUUGGUAAUCCCUACAGCGGUUGCAGACCCGAGUGCAUGAUGAACUCUGACUGUGUCAGCAAUCUGGCCUGUAUCAAUCAGCAUUGCCGCGAUCCUUGUCAAGGUGUCUGUGGCGUUAACGCCAUUUGCGAGGUCAUCAACCACGUCCCCAGCUGCUCUUGCCAACCUGGCUUCACUGGCGAACCCUUCCAGUCCUGUACUCCAGAGAGACAAAAUGAAGGAAAUCUUCCUGAGCCAUGCUCUCCGAGUCCCUGCGGACCGUACAGCAUCUGCCGUGUCCAGAGCGAUCGUGCUGUCUGCUCCUGCAGCCCUGGUUACCAAGGAUCUCCUCCAAGCUGUCGACCAGAGUGUCUCGUUAGCUCGGAGUGUUCUCCACAUCUGUCUUGUAUCCAACAGAAGUGUAGCGACCCGUGCCGUGACGCGUGCGGUCUGAACGCUCAUUGUAUUGUCAGCAACCACAACCCGAUUUGUAGUUGUCCUAAAGGAUUCACUGGAGAUCCGUUCUUGCAGUGCGUUAGAGAAAUUAUAACGAAACCUGAACCAUGCGUACCAUCCCCAUGUGGACCGAACUCCGUGUGUCGAGUCCAAGACGACAGGGCCGUUUGUAGUUGUAACCGCGGCAUGAUUGGUGCUCCGCCCAACUGCAGACCAGAAUGCUUGAUCGACCAAGACUGUCCAAGUUAUUUAGCUUGUGGCCAAAACAACAAGUGCGCUGAUCCAUGCGUUGGAUCUUGUGGAGUAAACGCUAAAUGCUCCGUUCAUAAUCAUCGUGUUGAAUGCCAAUGCUACGAAGGCUAUGAAGGAGAUCCGUUCUCUGGCUGCAUCGCUAGAGCUCCUGUGACCGAAAUGCCAUACAUGCCUUGCAACCCGUCGCCUUGUGGUGUUAACGCCAUUUGUACCGAACGUAAUGGCGCUGGUUCUUGUACCUGUCCGAGCGAUUACGUUGGCGACCCAUACGUCAGCUGUAGACCCGAAUGCGUGCAAAACACGGACUGUCCACACUCUAAGGCUUGCAUCAACAACAAAUGCAAGAACCCAUGUACGGGUGCUUGUGGACUUAACGCUGAGUGUCAAGUAUUCAAUCAUCAAGCGACUUGCAGCUGUUUGACAGGCUAUACCGGAGAUCCACUCAAUGCUUGUCACAUUCCUGCACCAACACCUCCUGAACCUGAGGCGAAUCCUUGCAAUCCUUCGCCAUGCGGACCAUACAGUAACUGCCGCGAAGUUGGUGGACACGCGGCUUGUACUUGUCAACAGAACUAUAUUGGAACCCCGCCCAGUUGCAGACCAGAAUGUGUGGUCAGCGCCGAUUGCCCGCAGAACAGGGCUUGCAUCAAUCAACGCUGUGGAGACCCUUGCGUGCAGACUUGCGGUGCUGGUGCCAACUGUCAAGUGAUCAAUCACAACCCUGUCUGCACCUGUCCUAACGGCUACACUGGAAAUCCACUAUUCAACUGUAUUCUUUUCGAAGGAAAGAAUCCACCGCCAUACUUACCUCCUGCGGACGAAAAUCCAUGUGCCACAGCAAUCUGCGGACCUAACUCGCAAUGCCGAGCGGUUGACGGAGUUCCAGCAUGCUCGUGUUUGCCUAACUUCGUUGGCAGAGCACCAAAUUGCAGACCAGAGUGUCUCAUUAACGAAGAAUGUCCAGGAAACCUCGCCUGCCAGAACGAGCGCUGUAUCGAUCCUUGCCCAGGUUCUUGUGGGGUCAACACUAUGUGCAACGUGGUCAAACACAACCCCGUCUGCAUAUGCGACGAAGGCUACACUGGUGAUCCAUUCCGCGAGUGCACACCGAUCUACACAACACUGACUACGACUGAGCGCCCGACUCCUUGCAACCCGUCUCCGUGCGGUGCAAACGCUGUCUGCAAUGAGCGAAAUGGAGUUGGUUCCUGUACUUGCAUUCCCGAGUACUUUGGCGAUCCAUACACAGGCUGCAGACCCGAGUGUGUCACUAAUUCCGACUGUGAUCGCACCUUGGCAUGUCUCAACAAUAAAUGCAUCAACCCAUGUCAAAAUACUUGCGGCUCGAAUGCCAGCUGCCGUGUAAUCAACCACGCGCCGUCCUGCGCCUGUCUACCAGAGUACACCGGCGAUCCUAUAACAGGCUGCGUUCCCAAGGGCAGAGUCACCGAAAGGCCAAUCAUCGAUGCCUGUGAUCCCUCACCCUGUGGUCCCAAUAGCAACUGUAGAACUCUCAACGACCAUGCUGUGUGCUCUUGCCAGACCGGCUUCGUUGGCACGCCACCAACCUGCCGACCCGAGUGCACUGGUAGCUCUGAGUGUCCUCAAAACAAGGCUUGCAUAGACAACAAAUGUGCAGACCCGUGUCCCGGAACUUGCGGCCAAAAUACCAAGUGCAUGGUCCUAAAUCACAAUCCGAUAUGCAGCUGCGCCAACGGCUACAGCGGAGAUCCCUUCCGAAUCUGUUCGAAGAUUGAAGUGACGACACCUGCACCCAGAGGCAACCCCUGUGUACCAAAUCCAUGUGGACCAAACUCACAGUGCCGAGAAAUCAACUUGCAGCCAGCCUGCUCGUGCUUGGCCAACUUCAUGGGUAGACCACCAAACUGCCGACCCGAGUGCACGCAAAACUCCGAGUGCCCAAGUACUGCAGCCUGCAUCAACCAGCGUUGCAAGAACCCAUGUCCUGGAGCUUGUGGCGAUUUCGCCCGUUGUUCGGUCCUCAAUCAUCAGCCGAUCUGCACCUGUCCCGACGGUUAUGUAGGCGACCCAAGCAUUCAGUGCACGUUGCCUCUGAUCACGACAACCGAAGAACCUCCACCAAACCCAUGUGUGCCCAAUCCAUGCGGACCUAAUGCUCAGUGCCGUGAGAGGAAUGGUGCUGGUGCCUGCGCUUGUCAACCAGACUUCUUUGGAGAUCCCUACGACAAUCAACAAGGGUGUCGUCGCGAGUGCGAGACUAACAACGACUGUCUCUCGCAUCUGGCUUGUACCGGCUUCAAGUGCGUCGACCCUUGUGCGGGAUCUUGUGGAGUCCUUGCCAUCUGCUCUGUACAGAACCACAUUCCUACUUGUACUUGCCCCAGCGGUUUCACAGGCGAUCCGUAUUACGCCUGCGAAGAGGGAAGAACACCUGCGCCACCGACCGAUCCAUGCUCGCCAUCACCCUGUGGACCGAACAGCAAGUGUAGAUCGACUAACGGUCAGCCCGUCUGCACAUGCCUGCCUAACUACAUUGGCGAACCUCCACAGUGCCGACCGGAAUGUCGCGUCAGUGCGGAAUGCGCUCCUAGUCUCGCCUGCAUAAACAACAAAUGUGCCGACCCAUGCCCCAACACCUGCGGCUUGAGGGCUCAAUGCACAGUCAAGAACCACAGCCCUAUCUGUACCUGUCCACCAGGAUUCACCGGCAAUCCGUUCUCACAGUGCUUGGACAUGCCAAGAGACGAGAUUGCAACGGAACGACCUCCGUCCUGCAACCCAUCGCCUUGCGGACCAAACUCGCUCUGCCAACUUAUAUCCGGUACUCCAGCUUGUUCCUGCCUGCCAAACUACAUCGGUAUUCCACCCGACUGUCGACCAGAAUGUGUUCUAAACUCCGAGUGCAAGAGCGAGCAGGCUUGCCUGCAGAACAAGUGCCAGGACCCGUGCAACGGAUCGUGUGGACUUUACGCUCAGUGCCACGUUCUCAAUCAUAUUCCAGUUUGCACGUGUAUCGAAGGAUUCACGGGAGAUCCGUUCUCACAGUGCUCGCCGGUACCAAGCAGCCCACCAACACCACCAAACCCAUGCAACCCAUCUCCUUGCGGACCCAAUGCUGUCUGUAACAAUGGAGAUUGCGAGUGUCUUCCUGAAUACGUGGGAAAUCCGUUCGAGGCCUGUCGACCCGAGUGUAUACUGAGCUCCGAAUGUCCACGAGACAAGAUGUGCAUCAGAAACAAGUGCAGGAACCCUUGCCCGGGUACUUGUGGCCAGAAUGCCCAGUGCGAUAUGAUCAAUCACAUCCCAGUCUGCUCUUGCCCGCCUGACUACAUGGGCGAUCCAUUCAUAGCCUGUCGCUUGAAACCUACUGGCCCACCUCCGAGUGCCGACCCGUGUAAUCCAUCGCCUUGCGGACCGAACAGCGUCUGCAAGAAUACCGAUGGACGUGCUGCCUGUUCCUGCAUCCCCAGCUACAUCGGCACGCCGCCGUCCUGCAGACCCGAGUGUGUCGUUAGCUCGGAGUGCUCGGCCACCAGGUCUUGCGUCAACUACAAGUGCACCGAUCCUUGUCUCGGUUCCUGUGGUCUGAACGCGCGUUGCGAAGUCAUCAACCACUCGCCCAUUUGCAGUUGUUUGCCAGGUCAAACCGGUGAUCCUUUCAAGAGUUGCUUUGAAAUCCCAGCAACAUCAAGACCAGCGAUACCCAAUGCUCCAUGUUCACCGUCACCUUGUGGACCAAAAUCCAUCUGCAAAGCUGUUGGCGACGAAGCAUCCUGCUCCUGUCUGGAGAACUACGUCGGUCAGCCGCCGAACUGCAGACCUGAAUGUCUUAUCAACCCUGACUGCCACUCCAGCAGGGCCUGCAUCAAUGAAAAAUGCCAAGAUCCGUGUGUCGGUUCUUGCGGAGAGAACGCCGAAUGCUCUGUCAUUAAUCAUGCGGCUAUCUGCACAUGUUCUCGAGGAUACACCGGCAAUCCUUUCGUCCAGUGCUUGCCCUUCGUCGAGUCGGUACCCAACCCUUGCGAACCAUCCCCAUGUGGUUCUAAUGCUGUAUGCCAGCGCAAGGAUAAUGCUGGUUCUUGUACCUGCAUUGACGACUAUCACGGCAAUCCUUAUGAAGGAUGCCAGCCCGAAUGUACUCACAGCUCCGACUGCCAAACCAACAAAGCUUGUCUCAGGAACAAGUGUGUCGAUCCUUGCCCAGGCAUUUGCGGUACCAACGCACAGUGCUCGGUGAUCAACCACAUUCCUACCUGCACGUGCCAACCAGGAUUCGUCGGCGAUCCGUUCAGUGGAUGCUCUUUUGAAGCAGUUACUGCUCCCACUCCACGCGUUGACCCGUGCAGUCCAUCGCCUUGUGGACCUAACAGCAUCUGCCGUCAAAUCAAUGACCAAGCCGUCUGCACGUGUCAAGACAAAUUCUUAGGCUCGCCACCAAAUUGCAAACCCGAGUGCUUAGUCAACUCGGAGUGUCCUCAGAACAGAGCAUGCUAUAAGAACAAAUGCAACGAUCCCUGUCCUGGAACCUGUGGAAUCGGCGCGCAGUGCCGAGUUAUCAAUCAUAAUCCACUCUGCAGCUGUCCACCUGGAACAACUGGUGAUCCAUUCUCCAGAUGCGAAGAGCAUGCAAUAACACCACCACCAACUCCAACACAAGAUCCAUGCACUCCGAACCCAUGUGGACUCUACUCAGAGUGCCGAAAGAUUGGUAACCAGGCAGCUUGCAGUUGCAAGACCAAUUACAUCGGUGCCCCGCCAAACUGCAGGCCAGAGUGUGUCGUCAACACAGACUGCGGUUCCAAUCAGGCUUGUAUCUUUGAGAAGUGCAGAGAUCCGUGCAUCGGUUCGUGUGGAACGAACGCUGACUGUCACGUACAGAAUCAUAUUCCGACUUGUCUAUGCCAGCCAGACUACACUGGCGAUCCGUUUACUCUAUGCUCACCAGCUGAAGUUAUGCCACCUCCCGGUAAAAAUGACGACGAGUGCCAGUGUGGUAAUAAUGCCCAAUGUGAAAACGGAAUCUGCAAGUGCUUGCCAAAUUACGUUGGAAAUCCGUACACGUCUUGUCGACCAGAAUGUACCACAAAUUCUGAAUGCUCGCGUACAAAAUCGUGUAUCAAUCAACGUUGCAAAGAUCCUUGCAUCGGCACGUGUGGCAACAAUGCCAGGUGCAAUGUAGUCAAUCACUUGCCGAUGUGCAGCUGCCCGCCUGACAUGACUGGCAACCCAUUCUCGCAAUGCAAACCAUUCAGCAAAGUUCCAGCAACUCAGCCUUGCUCACCAUCUCCAUGUGGACCGAACAGUAUUUGUAAGGUUAUCGAAAAUCACGCAGUCUGCUCUUGUCAGCCAUCAUUCAGUGGUAGUCCACCAGCCUGCAGACCUGAAUGUGUGGUUACGUCAGAAUGUCCUCUGGACCAAGCUUGUCUAAACAGCAAGUGUCGAGAUCCUUGCCCAGGAUCUUGCGGUCAGAAUGCCAAAUGUCAAGUGAUAAGUCAUAACCCGAUUUGCAGCUGUUAUGAAAGAUACACCGGUGAUCCAUUCACUAGUUGUUAUCCCAUCCCAGUGGAACCGCCGAAACCAGAGAACCCGUGCUCGCCGUCGCCCUGCGGCCCUAACGCCGAAUGCCAGGUGCGCGGCGACACGUUUGCCUGUUCCUGCCUGCAGAACUACAUCGGCGUACCGCCCAACUGCAGACCCGAGUGCACGAUUAACCCCGAGUGUCCACCGCAUCUCGCUUGUAUGCAGCAGCGCUGCCGAAACCCGUGCGACGGAAUCUGUGGCGUGAAUGCCCAGUGCAGUGUAGUUAAUCACAACGCAGUAUGUUCCUGCAACGAGAACUUCAAGGGAGAUCCGUUCUCUCUCUGUCAACCCGUCGGCAAAGAUUACCCAGUGGACAAUAGGAACCCGUGCGUACCGUCGCCCUGUGGCUCGAACGCAGUCUGCCGCGAGCAGAACGGAGCCGGCUCGUGCACGUGUCUGCCCGACUACCAGGGUGACCCUUACGUGGCCUGUAGGCCCGAGUGCACCAGUAAUUCCGACUGUCUCUCCACACUGGCCUGCGUCAAUUUCAAGUGCGUGGAUCCCUGUCCAGGGGUCUGCGGCUUCAAUGCCCAGUGCCAUCCUGUCAACCACGUACCCACUUGUUCUUGCCUCCCUGGCCAUACUGGCGAUGCAUUCAGAAUUUGCUCGCAGCCUGUCUCAUGUAAGAAUCCCGUUCAGAUUGUGGAACCUUUUCCAAGCCACUGCAAUCCAUCGCCUUGUGGUCCAUGCAGUCAGUGCCGGGUAGUGAACGACCAAGCGGUCUGUUCCUGCCUGAGCACUUGCAUAGGAAGUCCUCCGAGCUGCCGUGCCGAGUGCACGGUCAACGAUGAGUGCGCCCCGCACUUGGCCUGCGUCAACCAGAAGUGUGUUUCACCUUGUCCAGGCAUCUGUGGUCAGAAUGCCCAGUGCAAAGCCAUCAAUCACAGUCCCAUUUGCGUCUGUAACCCGGGACUCACUGGUGAUCCGUUCACCAGAUGCACUCCCAAUCCAAUUGGCAACGAUUACUACCCGACCACGAAGCCAGUGGUGCCGCAGGAGAACCCCUGUCUGCCCUCUCCUUGCGGGCUCUACUCGAAUUGCAACAACAACGGAGGUCUGGCCUCGUGCGCCUGUCUGCCUCACUAUCUGGGCACACCGCCCAACUGCCGACCCGAGUGCACCGUCAACUCGGACUGUCCCAUGCACCUCGCCUGCAACAACGAUCGCUGCCGAGACCCCUGUGCCGGAUCCUGCGGCUUCUCCGCCCUCUGCAGCGUGCACAAUCACGUGCCCGUCUGCACAUGUCCUCCUGGAUUCACCGGAGAUCCUUUCACCAGUUGUCGACAGGAGCCUAUAACCGCCGCGCCGAUCGUUCACGACGAUCCGUGUCAACCAAAUCCGUGUGGAUCGAAUGCCAGGUGCGACAACGGCAGGUGCACCUGCCUCGCCGGCUAUCACGGUGAUCCGUACUAUCAAUGUCGGCCGGAAUGUGUCUUGAACUCCGACUGUCCGUCGAACAAGGCCUGUCAGAACCAAAAAUGCGUCGAUCCCUGUGUGGGAGCCUGCGCGCCUACGGCCGUUUGCAACACUUACAAUCACGUUAUCAUGUGCAGCUGUCCCCAAGGCAUGACCGGAAACGCGUUUAUCCAAUGCACUGUUCUAGCAGAUAUCGAGGUGAACGUAAACCCAUGCUUGCCAUCGCCUUGCGGACCAAACAGCCAGUGUCAAACCAUAAACGGCCAAGCAGUGUGUGCUUGCGUCCAGGGCUAUCUCGGCAGUCCACCGACAUGUCGACCCGAGUGCGUCGUCAACUCGGACUGUUCCAAGGACGAAGCUUGCAGCAAUCAGAAGUGCAUAGACCCGUGUCUUGGAGCUUGCGGCUUGAGAGCCGAGUGUCGCGUCAUCAAUCACAACCCCAUUUGCUCUUGCCCCGUCAACUUCGUCGGCAGUCCGUUCACUCAGUGUCGACCCGACUUCAAACGUAAGAAAAUACGCACCAAUCCCGAGCGACCCUCGUGCGGUCCCAACGCCCAGUUGCAAACGGGCGUCAAUGGCAAUCCAGCUUGUGCCUGCCUGCCGGAUUACGUGGGCGAGCCGCCGAACUGUAGACCAGAGUGCAUUAACAAUGUCGAGUGCCCGACUCACCAGGCUUGCAUAAGAAACAAGUGCGCGGAUCCGUGCGUUGGAUCCUGCGGCCUCAACGCCAACUGCCACGUGGUCAGUCACACGCCCAUGUGUGUCUGUCUCGAGGGCCACACUGGCGACCCCUUCACCAUGUGCAUUUAUAGUCCACCUCCAACCGACUACCCAGUCGAGGUACUUAGCCCCUGUACGCCAUCCCCCUGCGGAACGAAUGCCGUUUGCAAAGAGCAGAACGGCGUGGGUUCUUGCCAGUGCCUGCCAGACUAUUUCGGAAACCCGUACGAAGGAUGCCGCCCCGAGUGUACCCUCAGUUCCGAUUGCCUCUCCAAUCUGGCCUGCAUACGUAUGAAAUGCCAGAACCCUUGUCCCGGAACCUGCGGCCAAAACGCCGAUUGCCAAGUGAUUAACCACUCGCCCAGUUGUUCUUGCCCGUCCGGAUUUACCGGAGACCCCUUCAGACAUUGUCGCCCCUACCAGGCCCCGAACAUUAACGACAGACCGACCGACCCUUGCAAUCCUUCGACUUGUGGACCAAAUUCCAACUGUCGUGUUGUUAAUGGGCAGGCUGUUUGUUCGUGCCAAGCCAGUUACGUAGGAACUCCACCCAGCUGUAGACCGGAGUGUGUUUUGGGUUCAGAAUGCCCUUCGAACAAGGCGUGUAUUAAUCAGAAGUGCGUCAAUCCUUGUCCUGGUCCUUGCGGACUCAAUGCUAUCUGCAGAGUUAUUAACCACAGUCCCAUAUGUUCGUGCAAUCCCGGACAUACUGGUGAUCCAUUCAGUAGAUGCUUCAUGAUGGACAAACCUAUUAUCGAAGUAGUAGAUCCUUGUGUUCCAUCUCCUUGUGGACCAUACGCAGAAUGUCGUAGAGUUGGCAAUUUAGCGUCAUGCUCUUGCUCGGCUAAUUACGUAGGCAGUCCACCUGCUUGUCGACCCGAAUGUAGCAUAAACUCUGAUUGUCCAAGUAAUCAAGCUUGCAUGAACGAAAAGUGCCGGGAUCCAUGUCCAGGUUCGUGCGGAAUUGGUGCCGUAUGCAGUUGCGUGAAUCAUACGCCCAUUUGUUCUUGCCCACCAAGUUAUACUGGUGAUCCAUUCACUUCUUGUCAACCAACACCCCCUGCAACUCAGCCAACCCUCGAUGACCCGUGCAAUCCUUCUCCAUGUGGAUCAAAUGCACUGUGUAGAAACGGAGUUUGCAGUUGCUUACCUCAAUACCAAGGAGACCCGUACGUGGGCUGUCGUCCCGAGUGUGUUCUCAAUACCGAUUGUCCUUUAAACAAAGCCUGCAGCAAUUUCAAAUGUAUCGAUCCUUGUCCUGGUACUUGUGGAUCCUCGGCAACGUGCAAUGUCUACAAUCACAUACCUAUAUGCACUUGCCCAGAAGGAACGAGGGGUAACGCAUUCGUUGCUUGUUACCCAUACGAAGAACCUAUACGAAACCCUUGCAAUCCAUCGCCUUGUGGACCAAAUAGUGUUUGUCGCGAAAUCAAUCAACAAGCUGUAUGUUCAUGCCUAAGUGGAUAUCUUGGUAGUCCACCUUCCUGCAGACCUGAGUGUACUCAAAGCUCAGAAUGCCCUCGAGAUCGCGCCUGUUCCAAUCAAAAGUGUAUCGACCCUUGCGUCGGUGCUUGUGGUAUUAGGGCUGAAUGCCAAGUUAUCAAUCAUAAUCCUAUAUGCAGUUGCCCACAACAGUUUACUGGAAAUCCGUUUACUUUGUGCCAAAUAACAGUCGUUGAAGACACUCCGACGAAUCCUUGCCAACCAUCACCUUGUGGUCCUAAUUCUCAGUGUCAAGAUAUUAACGAUUCGCCGUCGUGUUCUUGCUUGCCUGAUUUUAUCGGAUCUCCACCAAAUUGCCGACCAGAGUGCAUUAGUAACAACGAGUGCGCAAACAACUUAGCAUGCAUCAAUCAAAAGUGUAAAGAUCCUUGUGUAGGCUCUUGUGGUCUCAAUGCCGAAUGUCGCGUAGUAAGUCAUACACCUAUGUGCAUUUGUCCAAAUGGAUAUACUGGAGAUCCGUUUUCACAAUGUCUUAUAAGACCAAUUGCGAAUUAUCCUGUUGAAAAUGUUGAUCCAUGCAUACCCUCACCAUGCGGCAGUAAUGCUGUAUGCCGGAAACAAAAUAAUGUUGGAUCAUGUACUUGCAUGGAGGAUUACACCGGCAACCCCUAUGAAGGAUGUCGUCCGGAAUGCGUUGUGAGCUCUGAUUGUACCGCUAAUCUCGCUUGUAUUAGAAACAAGUGCAGAGAUCCUUGUCCGGGAACUUGUGGACUUAACGCUGAAUGCCAAGUAGUGAACCAUUUGCCAUCGUGCACUUGCAUGAAUGGCUUCACUGGCGAUCCGUUUAGAUAUUGUAAUCGCGUUCAAAUGGAUAAUGGUAAUUCUUGUAGACCAUCCCCUUGUGGACCAAAUAGUGUUUGUAGGCCCAUUAAUGGUCAAUCCGUGUGUUCUUGUGCACCUGGAUACAUAGGUAAUCCACCUGGAUGCCGACCGGAAUGUACGGUUAGCUCAGAAUGUGCACCAAAUCAAGCAUGUCUUAACCAGAAAUGUGUCAACCCAUGCCCAACUCCUUGUGGUCGAAAUACCAACUGCGCUGUUAACAACCACAGCCCAUUCUGUACUUGUAAAGACGGGUUCACAGGCGAUCCAUUCUCGUCGUGUUUCCCGAUGCAAAAUAUUCAACCAACACCGGUUAAUCCAUGCUUACCUUCCCCAUGUGGUCAAUACUCAGAAUGUCGUGACAAUGGAGGUUUUCCAGCUUGUUCGUGUCAAACGAAUUACAUUGGAAGUCCUCCAAAUUGUAGACCUGAAUGUAGUAUACACUCUGAUUGUCCUAGUAACCAAGCUUGUAUAAACCAGAAAUGCCGUGAUCCUUGCCCUGGAUCUUGUGGCUAUGGUGCAGAAUGUAGAGUGGUAAAUCACGUUCCAACAUGUUUGUGUCCUUCUGGGUUUACUGGAGAUCCGUUUGUCAGUUGUAGUUACAAACCUCAACCUGGUAAGUUUUUGCUUGGAAAUUGCAAAUCACCAUUCGAUCCAUGUGAUCCAUCGCCUUGCGGUAGAAAUGCGGAAUGUCGCAACGGUAUUUGUAGUUGUCAACCUGAGUACCAGGGAGACCCUCAUAUCGAAUGUCGCCCUGAAUGUGUACUCAAUUCUGAUUGCGCUUUCAAUCAAGCUUGCAUUAAUAAUAAAUGCAAAGAUCCAUGUCCUGGCGUUUGCGGACAAAAUGCCGAAUGCAACGUUUUCAAUCAUGUCCCAAUGUGUAGUUGCCCACCUAAGACUACAGGCAAUGCAUUUAUUUCAUGCACACCUGUUAGAGAUCCGAUUAUUACCGAGCCAUGUUCACCAUCUCCUUGUGGACCAAACAGCUUAUGUCGGCCGAUAAACAGUCAACCCGUUUGUUCAUGCGUUCCGGGCUACAUAGGAAGUCCACCAACUUGUAGACCAGAAUGUAUUCGUAGCUCAGAUUGUAACAGAAAUGAAGCUUGUACAAACCAGAAAUGUAUGGAUCCGUGUCCAGGAACAUGUGGCAUCGGAUCACAAUGUCAAGUUAUUAACCACAGCCCUAUUUGUAGUUGCCCUCAAGGCUUUACAGGCGAUCCAUUCAUAAGAUGCUUGCCUAUGCAACCCGAAGAUACUCCGGUCACUAAUCCUUGUCAACCAUCUCCUUGUGGGUUGAACUCUAUAUGUCAAGUAGUGAAUGAUCAGGCUUCUUGCACUUGCAUGGCUGAUUUCAUCGGCCAACCUCCAAAUUGUCGAGCUGAAUGUAUCAGCAACAAUGACUGUGCUUUCAAUUUGGCUUGUAGAAAUCGUAAAUGUAUCGAUCCUUGUCCUGGAUCCUGCGGUGCAAACGCAGAGUGUUACGUAGUGAGCCAUGCUCCCAUGUGUUCGUGCUUACAAUCUUACACAGGAGAUCCGUUCACGCAAUGUUACCCACAACCGAUAGUUUCUGUUCAAAUUUCUACACCUUGUACGCCAUCGCCUUGCGGUGCGAAUGCAGUUUGCAAGGAACAAAACGGAGCCGGAUCGUGUACUUGCUUGACAGAUUACAUCGGUAAUCCAUACGAGGGUUGUCGUCCUGAAUGCUCAAGUAGUUCAGACUGUCCAGCAAAUCUUGCAUGUAUUAGAAAUAAGUGCAAAGACCCUUGUCCUGGAACUUGCGGACAGAACGCCGUUUGUCAAGUAGUUAAUCAUCUGCCAUCUUGUACUUGCCUUCCUAGAUAUACCGGAGAUCCUUUUAGUUACUGCCGUGAAGAAAUACAAGUCCCUAAAGAUCCUUGUAGUUCGAGUCCAUGCGGACCCAACAGCGAUUGCCGAGUUAACAAUGGGCAGGCUGUAUGCUCUUGCAAGCCCCAAUACAUUGGAACUCCACCAGGUUGUAGACCUGAAUGUACAAUCAACUUAGAAUGUCCAAGCGAUAAAGCUUGCGUUAACCAAAAAUGUACCAAUCCGUGUAAUAAUGUUUGCGGUAGAAACGCUAAUUGUAGGGUUGUGAAUCACAGUCCGAUAUGCACUUGCUCCAACGGCUUCUCUGGAGACCCAUUCACAUCUUGUUUCCCUAAUGAAAUACAAAAUAUACCACCUUCAAUCAUUCAACCAUGCGUGCCUUCACCUUGUGGUCCUAAUUCUGAAUGUCGCGAAGUUGGAGGUACUGCAGUUUGUACUUGUCAACAAAAUUAUAUCGGCGUUGCACCCAACUGUCGCCCAGAAUGUACAGUGAAUACGGAUUGUCCUAGCAACUUAGCUUGCAUACGCAAUAGGUGUGCUGAUCCAUGUCCGGGAUCUUGUGGAUUCGAGGCUAUUUGUAAUGUAUUUAACCAUAUUCCUGUGUGUACUUGCCGAGAAGGAUAUACUGGUGAUCCAUUCAGUUCUUGCCAACCAAAGCCUAUUCAAUCUGAUCCGAUUGUAACCGAUUUAUGCAACCCAUCACCAUGCGGGCCCAAUGCAAACUGUCGCGAUGGAAUUUGUACAUGUCAAAGUGAGUUCACUGGAGAUCCGUACAUUGGCUGUAGACCAGAAUGUGUCGGAAACGAAGAAUGCGCUUAUAACCAAGCAUGCGUUCGCAAUAAGUGCGUUGACCCAUGCAUAGGUACCUGUGGACAGAAUGCUCAAUGUUUAACGACUAAUCAUAUACCCAUUUGCUCUUGUCCACCGGGUACAAGCGGAAACGCUUUUGUCGCGUGCAAUCCAUAUGAAGUAACAGUGACAAAUCCAUGCUCACCAUCGCCUUGUGGACAAAAUAGCCAUUGCAGAGAAAUUAAUGGAAUAGCAAUAUGUAAAUGUAUAGAAGGAUUUAUAGGUAGCCCACCAAGUUGUCGGCCAGAAUGCGUAGGCAGCUCAGAAUGUCCUCAGAAUCUAGCCUGUAUCAAUCAAAAAUGCAAAGAUCCUUGUCCGGGUACGUGCGGAUUAAACACUCAGUGCUUAGUUAAAAAUCACAAUCCUAUUUGUACAUGCAGACCUGGAUUCGUUGGCAAUCCCUUUGUCUCGUGUUCACCGCAAAUGGACACACCUACGCCACCUGAACCAGUUAAUCCUUGUUACCCAUCGCCAUGCGGACCUAAUUCCCAAUGCGAAGUUGUGAACCAAUUGUCAUCUUGCUCAUGUUUACCUGGAUUCCAAGGAAACCCGCCUAACUGUCGCCCAGAAUGUAUCAAUAAUAAUGAAUGCUCUAAUCAACUUGCUUGCAUCCAGCAAAAGUGUAAAAAUCCAUGCACCGAUUCUUGCGGUGCAAAUGCUGACUGUAAUGUCGCGAAUCACGUCGCAAUAUGUUUGUGCAGAGCAGGAUUCACUGGAGAUCCAUUCACUCAAUGUUCUCCCGUUCCAAUAGUGGAAGUUAAUAAACCAUGUUCCCCAACACCUUGUGGUGCUAAUGCCGUAUGUAAAGAACAAGGAAAUGCUGGUUCAUGUAGUUGUCUACCCGAUUAUACUGGAAAUCCUUAUGAAGGAUGUCGACCCGAAUGUAUCAUGAAUUCCGAUUGUCCGGCUAACUUAGUUUGCACGCAAAAUAAGUGCAGAGACCCUUGUCCUGGAAGCUGCGGUCAAAAUGCGUUAUGCCAAGUCGUAAAUCACUCUCCUCUGUGCACAUGUAUUCCAGGAUAUACAGGAAAUCCUUUCAGCCAUUGCAUAAUCCAACAAACUCAACUGGAUGAACCUGUCAAUGUUAAUCCAUGUAAUCCAUCUCCCUGUGGGCCUAACAGCGAAUGUCGUGUGAACAAUGGCAUAGCUAUUUGUUCUUGUCGUUCAACAUUUGUUGGUUCUCCACCGAAUUGUCGACCGGAAUGUGUUGUUAACACAGAAUGUCCCACAAACCGAGCUUGCAUAAAUCAAAAAUGCGCAGAUCCUUGUCCUAAUUCGUGUGGCUUGAAUGCCAAUUGUAAAGUCAUCAAUCACAGUCCAAUUUGUUUCUGCAACAACGGAUAUACAGGAGAUCCUUUCACACAAUGUUUCUAUGAUAUCGUACCAGCAAUUCCAACACAACCAACUAAAGAUCCUUGCGUUCCUUCACCUUGUGGUGCCAAUUCUGUAUGCCAGAAAAUUGGAGAAACAGCUGCAUGCAGUUGUGCUUCUAACUAUAUUGGCAGUCCACCUAAUUGCAGACCAGAAUGUACAGUAAACACGGAUUGUGCAAGCAACAAAGCUUGUAUGCAAGAAAAAUGUCAAGAUCCUUGUUUGGGAUCGUGCGGCUUCGAUGCCGUUUGUUCAGUAUUCAAUCAUGUGCCUGUAUGUACAUGCCGUGAUGGCUAUACAGGAAAUCCUUUCGAUCAAUGUCGUUCCCAACCUAUCUACAACGAACCCGCUGAAGUAGACUUGUGUAGUUCUAAUCCAUGUGGAUCGAAUGCCCAAUGCAACAACGGAAUAUGCACUUGCAAUCCCGAGUUUUACGGUGAUCCGUACAUGGGCUGCAGACCAGAAUGCGUACUCAACACGGAUUGUCCUCGUGACAAAACUUGUGUUCGUAACAAAUGCAAAAAUCCUUGCCCAGAACCAUGUGCAUUUAAUGCACAAUGCAGUGUUGUGAAUCACGUUCCGAUAUGCAGUUGUCCAACAGGUUUCGAAGGAAAUGCAUUUAUUCAGUGCAAUGCGAUACGAGACCCCACACCAGUUUCUCCAUGUGCUCAAUCGCCUUGUGGACCAAACAGUCUCUGCAGACCUAUUAACGGUCAAGCUGUUUGUACAUGUGUGCAAGGCUAUAUCGGCAGCCCUCCAUUAUGUCGACCAGAAUGUAUAAGCAGUUCAGACUGUCCGCUAAAUCAAGCUUGCAUCAACCAAAAAUGCAAAGACCCAUGUGUCGGCGCUUGUGGCAUUGAAGCUAUUUGCAAAAUAGUUAAUCACAAUCCAAUAUGUCAUUGCGCUUCCAAAUUCACUGGAGAUCCAUUUGUUCGAUGCGUUCCUAUACCGGAUACGCCCCCAGUUCCAAUAAACCCGUGCCAACCAUCGCCUUGCGGUCCAAAUGCCCAGUGCCAAGUAAACAACGAUUCGCCGUCAUGUAGUUGCUUGCCUGAUUUUACUGGAUCUCCGCCAAAUUGUAGACCAGAGUGUAUUAGUAAUAGUGAAUGUCCGAAUAAUCAGGCUUGUAUUAGGAAUAAAUGUACAGAUCCAUGCCCCGGUUCAUGUGGUACAAAUGCAGAAUGCCGAACUGUUAGUCAUGUUCCUAUGUGCUUCUGUCCUAGUCAAUACACCGGGGAUCCUUUCACUCAAUGUAUACUCAGACCACUUGAUGUACCAGUCGAAACUUCUAAUCCCUGUGUACCUUCACCUUGCGGAUCAAACGCAAUAUGUAAAGAGCAAAACGGAGCAGGUUCUUGCACUUGUAUUACGGAUUACACUGGCAAUCCUUACGAGGGUUGUCGUCCAGAAUGCGUAACAAGCUCAGACUGUUCGUUGAAUCUUGCUUGCACGAAUUUCAAAUGUAAAGAUCCAUGUCCUGGAACCUGCGGUUUGAACGCGCAGUGUCAAGUUAUCAAUCAUUUAGCUACUUGCUCUUGUUACCCUGGCUACAGCGGUGAUCCGUACAGAUUAUGCCAAAUUUCAAAACCAAAUGACGUUGAACCUGACAAGACAAACCCCUGUUCUACAUCGUAUUGCGGGCCUAAUAGUCAAUGCAGAGUUGUAAAUAGUAUUGCAGUGUGUUCAUGUCUGCCUGAAUAUAUAGGCAGUCCACCAGCUUGCAGACCUGAAUGCGUUAGUAGUUCGGAAUGUCCAUCAGACAAGGCAUGCGUUAAUCAGAAAUGUGUUAAUCCGUGCCCAGCUGCUUGUGGUAGAAACUCUAAUUGCAGAGUCAUCAAUCAUUCUCCGCACUGUACGUGCGUUCAAGGAUUUACUGGUGAUCCAUUUACGACCUGUUUCCCGAUAACUCCUGCACCAUCGUUUGACGAGCCCACUCCGCCAAGAGAUCCGUGCUUCCCAUCGCCGUGCGGUCCAAACGCAGAUUGCCGAAACAUCAAUGGCGUACCGUCAUGUGCUUGCCAACAGAACUAUUUCGGUUCCCCACCAAACUGCAAGCCAGAAUGUACUAUUAAUUCCGAAUGUUCCAGUAACUUAGCUUGCAUUAGACAAAAAUGUCAGGAUCCUUGCAUUGGAUCUUGCGGCGUAUUAGCCACAUGCAAUGUAAUCAAUCACAUUCCGACUUGUUUGUGUCCUGACGGUUAUACUGGAGAUCCAUUCAGAAUAUGCAACAUCCAACCUGAAAAACCUCCAGUAGUAUCUGAAGACCCCUGCUCUCAAGUACAAUGCGGUUCCAAUGCGCAAUGCAGUAAUGGUCAAUGUUCAUGCUUACCAGAAUAUCAGGGUGAUCCUUACACAGGCUGUCGUCCAGAAUGUGUUAUGAACAAUGACUGUGAUUUCAAUAAAGCAUGUAUACGACAAAAAUGUAUCGACCCAUGUCGAAAUACAUGCGGCCAGAAUGCUAUUUGUAACGUGUACAAUCACAUCCCGAUAUGCAGUUGCCCGUCCGGUAUGACUGGCAGCGCAUUUUCCAUUUGCUCUCCGAUUAUUGAAACUGUGCAAACUGACCCAUGCAAUCCAUCUCCAUGUGGUCCGAACAGCCAAUGUAGAUCGGUUAACGGACAAGCCGUUUGUUCUUGUGUUAUUGGAUAUCUCGGAACACCUCCAUCAUGUAGACCAGAAUGUACCGUCAGUUCUGAUUGUCCACAAAAUCAAGCAUGUAAUAAUCAAAAGUGCGUCGAUCCUUGUCCGGGUGUAUGUGGCAUUCGUGCAACAUGCAAAGUCGUCAGCCAUAACCCGAUUUGUAGUUGCCAGCAAGGAAUGACAGGAGAUCCAUUCAUUGCAUGCACUCCAAUUCUGUCGUCACCUCCAGAACCAGUUAAUCCUUGUAUACCCUCACCUUGUGGACCGAAUUCACAAUGUCAAGUAACUAACGAUUCGCCAUCUUGCUCUUGCUUGCCUGAAUUUUUGGGUUCGCCGCCGAAUUGCAGGCCUGAGUGUACGAGCAAUUCGGAGUGUCCAAAUAACCUAGCUUGCAUCAAUAGAAAAUGUCAAGACCCGUGUCCGAAUUCUUGUGCUCCAAAUGCUCAGUGCCGUGUUGUCAGUCACACGCCCACUUGCGUAUGUCCUCCUGGAUAUUCUGGAGAUCCGUUCACAUACUGUUCUCUUAGCAUAGCUUCAGAUCCAACACCUGUUAAUCCAUGCGUUCCAUCGCCUUGCGGAGCAAACGCCGAAUGCAAAGUACAGCAAAAUGCUGGAUCUUGCACAUGCUUGACCGACUACGUUGGUAAUCCUUACGAAGGAUGUCGACCGGAAUGUACUCGAAACUCGGAUUGUCCAUCAAAUCAAGCGUGCAUCGGACAAAAAUGUAAAGACCCAUGUCCUGGAACUUGCGGUCAAAACGCAGAAUGCUACGUGCAAAACCAUUCUCCUGUUUGUGUAUGCUUCGACCGAUACACUGGAGAUCCGUUUAAAUUUUGUCAACCCAUUCCACCACCACAGAGUGACGUAUCAGUGCUUAGUCCGUGUAGGCUUACUCAGUGUGGACCUUAUUCCCAGUGUAGAGAAGUCAAUGGUCAAGCUGUAUGUUCAUGUUUGCCAGAAUAUACUGGAAUACCACCAACAUGUAAACCUGAAUGCACAACCAAUUCAGAGUGCCCUUCGAACCGGGUCUGCAUAAACCAAAAAUGCGUCGAUCCAUGCACAAAUAGGUGCGGCGAACAAACGGUUUGCAGAGUAGUGAAUCAUAGUCCAAUUUGCACCUGCAAACAGGGACUCACCGGUGAUCCGUUUUCACGCUGCUACUUCUUAGACCAAACUCCACCGCCACAAUCGAACCCAUGUAUUCCAUCUCCAUGUGGUCCAAACUCGCUGUGUCAAAACAACAAUGGGUUACCCUCUUGCUCAUGCGCAACAAAUUAUUUCGGAACUCCACCGAACUGUCGGCCAGAAUGUACGAUCAAUUCAGAUUGCGCAAGCAACAAAGCUUGCAUUAACGAACGCUGCAUUGAUCCUUGUCCUGGUUCGUGCGGUUUGAAUGCUAUCUGUAACGUUUUUAACCAUGUACCGACAUGCAACUGUUUGGAGGGUUACACAGGAGAUCCGUUCACUAGUUGCCAAUACAAACCACCACCGCAACAACCGAUUCAGGAUGAAGAGGUCUGCAGUUGCGGGCCCAAUGCAGACUGCGUAAACCGAGUAUGUAGAUGCAGACCUGAGUACUUCGGAGAUCCGAAUAUCGGUUGUAGACCAGAGUGUGUACUCAACACCGACUGUCCCAGCAAUAGGGCGUGUAUCCGAAACAAAUGUCAGGAUCCAUGCCCUAAUACUUGCGGACAAGGUGCUGAUUGCUACGUUGCACAGCAUUUCGCUAUGUGCAACUGCCCAGCAGGCACUAGCGGCAAUGCUUUCAUUUCGUGUCAACCGAUAUCAGUGCUACCCGAUCGAGCACCAUGUACUCCUUCUCCUUGCGGCCCGAACAGCAUUUGUCGGGAGGUAAAUGGCAAUGCUGUUUGCACCUGUUCUCCGAAUUUCCUUGGAAGUCCACCAGCCUGCAGACCAGAAUGUACUCAGAGUUCUGACUGUCCGAGAAAUCGUGCUUGCGUAAAUCAGAAAUGCGUAGACCCUUGUCCUGGAACUUGCGGAGUUCAGGCGGUCUGCCAAGUGAUUAACCACAAUCCCAUUUGCUCGUGUCCGCCCAAGUACACGGGAAAUCCCUUCGUCAGAUGCAUUCCACAUCAACCAAUCGUCGACGAGUCACCAGUAAAUCCAUGUCAACCCUCCCCCUGCGGCCCCUACGCGAUCUGCCAAGUCGCCAAUGAACAGUCCUCGUGCUCUUGCGAGCCUGGCUACAUUGGUUCGCCACCUAGCUGUAGACCCGAAUGCAUUAGCAAUUCCGAGUGUCCCACUCAGCAGGCUUGCAUCAACAAAAAAUGCAAAGACCCUUGCGUGGGCUCGUGCGGAGCCAACGCACUAUGCAGUGUGGUUAGCCACACGGCGAUUUGCACCUGCGCCAACUCCUACAGCGGCGACCCGUUCACGCAAUGUUUCCCAGUUACAUCCGAUAUCCCGAUCGAUCAAUCGGUUAGGCCAUGUAACCCCUCGCCCUGUGGCGCCAAUGCCGAAUGUAAAGAGCAGAACGGCGUUGGAUCCUGCACCUGUUUACCCGACUACUUUGGAAACCCGUACGAAAGCUGUAGGCCAGAAUGUCUCCAUAAUUCUGACUGCCCAUCCAACUUAAGCUGCGUACAGAAAAAGUGUAGAAACCCUUGUCCCGGUGCUUGUGGUCAAAACGCUGAGUGCACAGCGGUUAACCAUUUGCCCUCUUGCUCUUGUCGCACAGGAUACACUGGAGAUCCAUUCAGUUACUGCACGAUUAACAUGCAGCCCCCCUUCAAAGAGAACGUUUGCUCUCCAUCACCCUGCGGACCGAACAGUCAGUGUAGGGAGGUGAACGGCCAGGCCGUGUGCUCUUGCCUACCCUCCUACAUUGGCAGCCCACCUGGAUGUAGACCCGAGUGUAUUGCCAGUACGGAGUGCCCGUCGAAUCUAGCCUGCGAAAACCAAAAAUGUGUGGACCCAUGCCCGAACCCUUGCGGACUCGGCACCAAUUGCAAUGUCGUUAACCACAGCCCGAUUUGCACUUGUAUGCCGGGUUACACAGGCAACCCGUUCACUCGGUGUACACCCGUGCCACCUCCUCAAGAAUACCCGCCGACUCCACCCGACCCAUGUGUACCGUCACCCUGUGGAAGCUAUGCCCAGUGUCGAAACGUCAACGGAGUACCUGCCUGCAGCUGCGUCGACAACUACGUCGGCCAGCCGCCCAAUUGCCGACCCGAAUGCUCCAUUAACUCGGAAUGUCCCGCCGACAAAGCUUGCAUAAAUCACAAAUGCGUUGACCCGUGUCCUGGCUCUUGCGGAGCCCUCGCUAUCUGUUCCAUAGUCAAUCACGUUCCGGUUUGCGCCUGUCCCCAAGGCUACACCGGGGAUCCGUUCACUCAGUGCAACCUGCAACCACCUAUAACAUUCGACCCGAACGUAGACCAGCUCGACAGGUGCAACCCGUCGCCCUGCGGCGCGAACGCCGUGUGUAACGAGGGAGUCUGCACGUGUUUGCCGGAAUUCAAGGGAGACCCUUACGCGGCCUGCCGACCCGAGUGCGUUCUGAACAACGAUUGCCCGCGCGACCGCGCCUGCUUGCAGCGCAAGUGCCAAGACCCGUGUCCCGGAGCUUGCGCCCCGAACGCCCAGUGCACGGUCAUCAACCACGUGCCCAUGUGCAGCUGUCCCCAGGGAAUGGCCGGCAACGCGUUCAGCCAAUGCUCGCCCGUACAAGCUCCACCUGAAACGAACCCUUGCAGUCCGUCGCCCUGUGGUCCGAACAGCGAGUGUCGCGCGAUCAAUGGCCAGGCUGUCUGCACCUGUAUCAGGGGAUACCUGGGCAGUCCCCCGACCUGUAGACCCGAGUGCGUCGUUAGCACCGAUUGCCUCCAGAAUCGAGCUUGCAGCAAUCAGAAGUGUAUCGAUCCCUGUCUUGGAAGCUGCGGAGUCGGGGCUGUCUGCGAAGUCGUCAAUCACAAUCCCAUCUGCAGUUGCCCUGCGAGGUUUAGCGGCAAUCCGUUUGUCUAUUGCAGCCCGUUGUGUAAGCGUUUAUUUGUAAUUUUUUUUAUCCGUCAAACCAAAAUACCUCUCUCCUUCUUAAUCAACUCUUUUUCAUUGUAAAUAUCAAAUUUUUCUCCCAUUAGUGCCCGACGAGCAGCGGUUCCCAAAAACCCUUGCCAACCAUCACCUUGUGGCCCGAACGCACAGUGCAAUGUCGUGAACGACUCUCCCUCGUGUUCUUGCUUACCCGAGUUUAUCGGUUCUCCGCCAAACUGUAGACCUGAAUGUAUAAGUAACGGAGAGUGUCCCAGCCAGUUAGCCUGCAUCAAUCAGAGAUGCAGAGAUCCUUGCAUAGGCUCCUGCGGUAGCAAUACCGAGUGCUACGUCGUCAGUCACACCCCCAUGUGCACUUGCAAGCAGCCUUACAGCGGGGAUCCGUUCACACAGUGCAACCUACUGAUAAAUCCACCAGCACCAGAAAAUACGUCUCCAUGCGAGCCUAAUCCCUGCGGACCAAACGCAGUGUGCCGAGUACAGAAUGGAGCAGGCUCUUGCACUUGUAAUCCCGAUUACUUUGGCAACCCUUACGAGGGCUGCCGACCCGAGUGUAUAACAAACUCUGACUGCUCCUCGAACUUGGCUUGUAUCAAUCAGAAAUGCAAAGACCCGUGUCCUGGAACUUGCGGCAGAAACGCCGAAUGCCAGGUCAUCAAUCACAAUCCGAUUUGCUCUUGCCACCCGGACUACACUGGCGAUCCAUUCAGAUACUGCAGUAUCGCGCCUAAAGAUCCAGUGGUCGCGAUUAAUCCUUGUAGUCAGUCGCCUUGUGGCCCCAAUAGCCAAUGUCGCGUUGUCAACGAUCAGGCCGUUUGCACGUGUCUACCUGAGUACGUGGGCACACCACCCAACUGUAGACCCGAGUGCGUUGUUAGCUCGGAAUGCCCCUUGAACAAGGCCUGCUUCAACAGAAAAUGCACGGACCCUUGUCCAGGAACAUGUGGAUUCAAUACCAGAUGCGAAACCAUCAACCACAGUCCCAUUUGCUCUUGUCAAACUGGCUACACGGGAGAUCCGUUCACGUCAUGCUACGAACUACCUAAACAAGAUCAACCGAUAGCAAACCCAUGCUUGCCAUCGCCGUGUGGACCAAACGCAGAGUGCCGAGUUGUCAAUGAUCAGGCAUCUUGCGCUUGCUCGGCUACUUUCAUAGGUUCGCCACCCAAUUGCAGACCGGAAUGUUCGAUAAACCCUGACUGUCCAAGCAACCAAGCUUGUCUUCAGAACAAGUGCCGCGACCCUUGCCCUGGAUCUUGCGGACUCAAUGCACAGUGCAACGUGCUCAAUCACAUUCCAGUGUGCAACUGCCCAGAGGGCUAUACUGGGGAUCCGUUCUCCCGUUGCGAUUUAAAACCAGCUGAUGAAACUCCAAUAACGAAACCCAACGAUCCAUGCUUGAACUGCGGAUCGAACAGCAUGUGCAUUAAAAAUGCCUGCGUCUGUAUGCCUGAUUAUCACGGCGACCCGUACAUCGGUUGCCGACCCGAGUGCGUUAUGAACUCUGAUUGUCAACGAGACCAGGCUUGUAUCAAACAGAAAUGUAGAGACCCGUGCACCAACGUUUGCGGCCAGAACGCAUUGUGCACAGUUGUGAAUCAUAUACCAACGUGCAGCUGUAUCUCAGGAAUGGUUGGCAACGCGUUCGUCGCGUGCAACCCACAAGAUACCCCGCUUGACAACCCAAUACCAUGCAAUCCAUCACCAUGCGGUUCUAACAGCCAAUGCCGCAACGUCAACAAUCAAGCAGUCUGUUCUUGUGUUCCUGGAUUCUUGGGUACUCCACCAAACUGCAGACCUGAGUGUAUCGUGAGCUCAGAUUGUCCUCUCAAUCAAGCUUGCAGCAAUCAGAAAUGUAUAAACCCCUGUCGAGGUACUUGUGGAAUAAACGCUCGGUGUCAAGUUGUGAAUCACAGUCCGAUUUGUAGCUGCAUGGAAGAUUUGACGGGCGAUCCGUUCACUCUUUGCCGACCAAUACCUGCUCAACCAAAACCAUCUGAAAAUCCUUGUAUUCCUUCACCUUGUGGUCCCAACUCUCAGUGCCAAGUAACGAACAAUGCACCAUCGUGCACGUGUUUGCCUGAGUUUAAGGGAUCUCCGCCAAACUGUCGACCGGAAUGCAGUAACAACAACGACUGUCCAAAUCAAUUAGCUUGUAUAAAUCAGAAAUGCCGAGACCCAUGCCCGGGAUCAUGUGGUUCUUUAGCCGAAUGUCGCGUUGUGAGCCACACGCCAACUUGCACUUGUCCCUCAGGCUAUACUGGAGAUCCUUUCUCCUACUGUGUUUUGAAUGUGGCAUCAACUGAACAAGAGCCGGUAACGCCAUGUGUACCAUCCCCAUGUGGAUCUAAUGCCGAAUGUCGUGAACAGAACGGAGCUGGAGCUUGCACAUGUCUGCAAGAUUAUAUCGGCAAUCCUUACGAGGGUUGCAGACCAGAGUGCGUGAUUAACUCUGAUUGUCCAUCCGACAGAGCAUGCAUACGCUCUAAAUGCCAGAACCCAUGCCCUGGUACUUGUGGACAGAAUGCAAUGUGCCACGUGAUUAAUCAUCUACCAACGUGUACUUGUCAAGCGAGCUUCACCGGCGAUCCAUUCCGUUAUUGCGCUCCAGAAAUGCAACGUGAUCCAGAACCAGUCCAACCGUGCAAUCCAUCUCCAUGUGGUCCAAACAGCCAAUGUCGCGAGUCGAACGGACAAGCCGUAUGCACAUGUUCACCUACGUUCGUCGGUUCUCCGCCGUUCUGUAGGCCCGAAUGUACAGUCAGUUCAGAAUGCCCAACAAACAUGGCAUGCAUCAACAACAAAUGCGCUGACCCUUGCCCGAAUUCUUGCGGCAUUGCUGCGAAAUGCAACGUUAUAAAUCACAGUCCGAUCUGCAGCUGCAAUAAUGGCUUCACUGGUGAUCCAUUCACGAGAUGUUACGAAAUUCCUCCAACUCCAGUGUCGCCACCAGGUCCAGUCGAUCCCUGCGUACCUUCGCCAUGUGGCCCGUUCGCCAUUUGCCGAAACGUUGGUGGUGUACCUGCUUGCAGUUGUUCGAACGACUACAUUGGCUCACCACCUAACUGCAGACCGGAAUGUACAAUCAAUCCGGAAUGCGUCAGUAAUCUGGCUUGCAUAAGACAAAAAUGUAAAGACCCUUGUCCUGGAUCAUGCGGUGUUGGAGCUAGAUGUACUGUGAUCAAUCACAUACCAGUGUGCACAUGUCCUGAAGGAUACACUGGUGAUCCGUUCACAAGUUGUUCUCCACAACCACAACAAAUUGAACCAAUUCCAACUGAUCGUUGCAAUCCUUCACCAUGUGGAUCAAAUGCAAACUGCAGAGACGGCAUUUGCACUUGCUUACCCGAAUAUCUGGGAGAUCCAUACAUUGGUUGUCGCCCUGAGUGCGUGCAAAGUUCUGAUUGUUCAUUCGAUAAAGCUUGUAUAAGAAGGAAAUGCCAAGACCCAUGCCCUGGCGUCUGCGCAUACAACGCCGAGUGCACCGUUAUCAAACAUACACCCAUGUGUAGUUGUCGAGCGGGCACUACUGGAAAUGCAUUCUUAACAUGCAGUGCAUUAAGCAUUCCAGAAACGACACCUCAGAGACCAUGCGUACCAUCGCCAUGUGGUCCAAAUAGCAGAUGCCAAGAAAUAAACGGACAAGCCGUUUGCUCUUGUGCGGCUGGUUUCAUAGGCAGUCCACCGACUUGCCGACCAGAAUGUUUAGUUAGUUCGGAAUGUCCUCUGAAUCAAGCUUGUGUUAGUCAGAAAUGUAGAGACCCAUGUCCUGGUUCUUGCGGUAUUUCAGCCCAAUGCCAAGUCAUCAAUCACAACCCUAUCUGUAGUUGCCCGUCAACUCUGACUGGCGAUCCAUUUGUUCGGUGCUUACCGAUGCCAAUGGACGUACCAGAAUCAUCGAAAAACCCGUGUGUACCAUCACCUUGCGGUCCAAAUGCACAAUGUCAAGUAACAAAUGGCGGCAGCAGUUCAUGCUCCUGCAAUCCAGGAUUCUUAGGCUCACCUCCGAACUGCAAACCCGAAUGUGUAAACAACGACGAAUGUAGCCUGUCAUUGAGUUGUAUCAAUCAGAAAUGCACAGAUCCUUGCCCGGGCUCUUGCGGAACAAACGCAGAGUGCCGAGUAGUAAAUCACAUACCGUCAUGCACUUGCCUGGAAGGCUACAACGGCGAUCCUUUCGUCGAAUGUAAUCAGAAACAACGUAAGUUUGAUAAUAAUACAAAUUAUCACAAAGGGAGCCUAAGCGUGCAUGAAAUAACCUUUAAUUUAAAAUUUACAGUGGCUUCACUACAACCAUGUGUACCAUCGCCAUGUGGAACAAACGCUGUUUGCAAAGAGUUUAACGGAGCAGGUUCUUGCUCUUGCUUAUCCGACUACGUUGGCAAUCCUUACGAAGGAUGUCGCCCAGAGUGUAUAUCGGAUUCGGACUGCGCAUCCGAUUUGGCAUGUAUCAGAUCUAAGUGCCAAAAUCCUUGCCCUGGCAGGUGCGGAUCAAACGCAGUUUGCCAAGUUGUCAAUCACUCGCCUCUUUGCACAUGUAUACCAGGUUUUACUGGAAAUCCAUACGCGCAAUGCAAUUUCGAUAGACAAGAUGAGCCUCCAACACCAGUGAACCCAUGUAAUCCAUCGCCUUGCGGUUCGAACAGCAUAUGCCGUGAAAAUAACGGACAAGCUAUAUGCACAUGUCAACCAGAAUUUAUCGGAAGUGCACCAAAUUGCAGACCCGAGUGUUUGUUGAGUUCAGAAUGCAGUGCCGCAUUGGCUUGUAUCAAUCAGAAAUGUAAAGAUCCGUGCGUAGGUGCAUGUGGAAACAGCGCGCAGUGCAAGGUUAUCAAUCACAGUCCGAUCUGCGUCUGCCCAAGUGGUAUGACUGGAGAUCCAUUCCGUCAAUGCUAUCAAGCACCGGUUGAAUCAGAACCAAGCAAAGAUCCUUGCAAUCCAUCGCCAUGUGGACCAAACGCACUGUGCAGAGCUGUUAACGAUAGUCCAGUAUGCACUUGCAUCAACAACUACAUUGGCAUACCACCUAAUUGUAGACCAGAAUGCUCGAUCCAUCCUGACUGUACAAGCGACAAAGCUUGCAUAAGAGAAAAGUGCAGAGAUCCGUGCCCAGGCUCGUGUGGCUUGAAUGCACGCUGCUCUGUUGUCAACCAUACACCUGUUUGUGUUUGCGCAGAAGGUUACACGGGUGAUCCAUUUACCAACUGUAGUCCCAAACCUCUUCCGGAGCCUGUUAUUCCUAAAGACAACUGUACACCAAAUCCUUGCGGAGCGAACGCUCAAUGUAAUGACGGAAGAUGCUCAUGCUUGCCAGAAUUCUUCGGAGACCCGUACUCGGGUUGCAGACCAGAGUGUGUACAAAAUUCCGACUGCACUCGCGACAAGGCCUGCAUACGUAACAAGUGCGCGAACCCAUGCGUGGGCGCGUGUGCUUCGAAUGCAGAGUGCGUUGUCGUGAAUCAUCUGCCUAUGUGCAGCUGUCCUUCUGGCAUGACAGGAAAUGCAUUCGCUCAAUGUAUACCCAUGCGAGAUGAAACACCUACGGACGUAUGCAAUCCAUCGCCUUGCGGACCGAACAGCGUGUGCCGCCAGAACAACAAUCAAGCCGUGUGCUCAUGUAUACCUGGCUACUCGGGUACUCCUCCUUCCUGCAGGCCAGAGUGCGUCGUAAACUCUGACUGUCCGAAGAACCGAGCUUGCCUCAACUUCAAGUGCUCGGACCCGUGUCCAGGUUCAUGUGGCCUUGCGGCUCGAUGCAACGUAGUCAAUCAUUCGCCCAUUUGUAGUUGCCCACCCCAGAACACCGGUGAUCCAUUCAUAAGAUGCAUACCCAUACCACCAACACCUCCCCCGCAAGACAAACCCUGCGAGCCAUCGCCUUGCGGUCCUAGAUCACAAUGUCGGGUAGUGAAUAACGUGCCCUCGUGCUCUUGUCUGCCAGAGUUCGUCGGCUCGCCCCCGAACUGCAGGCCCGAGUGCGCCAGCAACAGUGAAUGUCCUAGUCAAUUAGCUUGUAUUAAUUAUAAGUGUAAAGAUCCCUGCCCUGGCUCUUGUGGCGUGAAUGCGGAAUGUAGAGUGAUUAGUCACACUCCUAGUUGUAGCUGUGCCAAUGGUUACACCGGCGAUCCCUUCACUCAGUGUACUCAGGAAAUAAUACCAACUCCGAAACCAAAUGAUGAACAAGUCUGCCUCCCAUCCACUUGCGGACCCAAUGCGGUAUGUCGCGAGUCUUACGGCGUAGCCACUUGCACUUGCUUCCCAGAUUAUUACGGAAAUCCCUACGAAGGUUGCCGUCCCGAAUGUACGGUCGACUCGGAUUGUUCGUUGAACUUAGCUUGUAACAGACUGAAAUGCCGCGAUCCUUGUCCUGGUAGUUGCGGUACAAACGCAAUCUGUCAAGUCGUUAACCAUCUGCCAAUAUGCAGUUGUAUGCCUGGCUAUAGCGGAGAUCCAUUCCGUUACUGUAGCUUUGUUCCUGCAAUACAAACACCUGAAUCGAACCCAUGUAUACCUUCGCCAUGCGGUCCCAACAGUCAAUGUCGCAGUGUCAAUGGAAAAGCAAGUUGCGUAUGUUUACCACCCAACGUAGAAGGCCCGAACGGUUGCAGGCCUGAGUGUGUUGUGAGCUCGGAAUGUUCUGCCAACCGAGCUUGCAUAAACCAAAAAUGCGUUGACCCUUGCCCUGGAGUUUGCGGUCAAAAUGCUCGUUGCGAAGCCAUCAAUCACAGUCCGAUCUGUAGUUGUCCACCUGGUCAAACUGGUGAUCCAUUUGUGCGAUGUUUCAGUGCACCUACUCCACCGGAAACUGUAAACCCAUGUGUACCAUCUCCAUGUGGUCCGUUCUCGAUAUGUCAAGACGCUGGCGGAUAUCCUUCCUGCUCUUGCUCCCAAGAUUACAUAGGGUCACCACCCAAUUGCCGACCAGAGUGUCGAAUCAAUUCAGAGUGUAAUAGCAACCAAGCCUGUAUCCGAGAGAAAUGUAGGGAUCCUUGUCCGGGAUCUUGUGGCUUUAAUGCCAACUGUCAGGUCGUCAAUCACAACCCUGUUUGCUCCUGCAUAGAGGGUUACACUGGCGAUCCCUUCACGAACUGUUAUCCUAAACCACCAAUAUCUGACCCAGUCCCAGUGGACAAAUGCAAUCCAUCGCCAUGCGGUCCCAACGCCCUUUGCAAUAACGGAAUCUGCACAUGCAUACCCGAAUACUCUGGUGACGCAUACCAAGGUUGCCGACCCGAGUGUGUCCAGAAUUCGGACUGUGUUCGAAGCAAAGCCUGUAUUAACUAUAAGUGCGUUGAUCCCUGCCCUGGAAUCUGUGGUCAAAACGCAGAAUGCACUGUUGUAAACCACAUUCCCACGUGCAGUUGCUUAGACAAUUACGAGGGCGAUCCGUUCACCCUUUGUAAUGUGAAGAAACAAGCGGACAAUCCCAAGCCGUGCUCUCCAUCGCCCUGUGGCCCGAACAGUGUGUGCCGCGAGUUCGGCUCGCAGGCCUCCUGUUCCUGCGCCCAGGGCUACUUCGGCGUACCACCCAGCUGUAGGCCCGAGUGCUCGACGAGCUCCGACUGCGAACAGACGCGCGCCUGCGUGAACCAGCGCUGCCAGAACCCUUGCGCCAACUCGUGCGCUCCUAAUGCCCUGUGCACGGUGCGCAACCACAAUCCCAUCUGCAGUUGCCCGCCCCAGUACACCGGCGACCCGUUCACCAACUGCAUACCCAUGAAAGUGCCACCUGGACCCGACCCUCGGCCCACGAAUCCGUGCGAGCCGUCGCCCUGCGGCGCCAACAGUCGCUGUAGGCCCUCGGCCGACGGCUCCUCGGCCCUGUGCUCCUGCCUGCCCGACUACCUGGGCACGGGCAACCAAGACUGCCGACCCGAGUGCUACGUCAAUAGCGACUGCCCGAACGACCGAGCCUGCUCGGGGCUCAAGUGCCGAGACCCCUGUCCCGGCCAAUGUGGCAAUAAUGCCCUCUGCACUGCCGCCCUCCAUCAGGCCCGAUGCUUCUGCCCACCCGGAUAUGAGGGCAACCCCUACGUUGCCUGUGCCCUCGCCAAACAACCAGAUCCGGUGCCACAGCCGCAUCGCCCGUGCUCGCCGUCGCCCUGUGGCGUCAACACCUACUGCCGCGAGCGUUUCGAGAGCGCCGUCUGCGAGUGUCUGCCCGACCACCGGGGCGACCCCUACGUCGGCUGCUACCCCGAGUGUCUGGCCAACACCGACUGCCCGAACUCGCAGGCAUGUCUCAGGCACAAGUGCCAGGACCCGUGCGCCGGCACCUGCGGUUUGGGGGCUGUCUGCACCGUCUCGAACCACGUGCCCAUCUGCUCGUGUCCAUAUCCGACCGUCGGCGAUGCGUUCACCAUCUGUAGAGCGCCUAUCGAAGAACCGAAAGCGAGCCCGUGUCAACCCAACAUCUGCGGACCUCAAACGACCUGCGAGAACGUCAACGGCCAGGCGAUCUGUCGCUGCCUGCCAGGACUGCUGGGCGACCCAGCGGACGUGGCCGGAUGCCAUCCCGAGUGCGUGCUCAGCUCCGACUGCGCCGGAGACAAGACCUGCAACAACUACAGAUGCAAGGAUCCUUGCCAGGAGAACAUCUGCGGCCUCAGAGCCGUCUGCCGAGCCAUCAACCACAGUCCGCUCUGUAGCUGCCCGACGCCGCUUGUUGGCAAUCCGUUCAUCGAGUGCUUCGUCAAAGAAGAACCUGACCCAUGCAAUCCGAGCCCCUGCUCGAGCAACGGAGAAUGCCGUGUGCGCAACGGUGUGGCCACCUGUAUCUAUCCCGAGUGCGUGGUCAACGACGAUUGCUCACGUGAUAUGGCCUGCUUCUCGCAGAAAUGUCGCGAUCCCUGCAUCGGCGCUUGCGGUAUCAACGCUGUGUGCCGUGCCAUCAACCACAAGCCUGUCUGCUCAUGUUCCAGCGGUUUCACGGGUAACCCGCAUCUCGAGUGCCGAAUUGCCAACGAAUAUCUACCGAGACCAGAGUGUACCGACAACUCCGACUGUCCGAACGACAAAACGUGCUUCAAUCAGAAGUGCGUCAGUCCUUGCACGCUUGACACUUGCGGUCAGAACAGCCAGUGCCAUGUCCAACUUCACCGUGCUAUUUGCGUAUGUGAGGAAGGAUACACUGGAAACCCACAUCAGUAUUGCCGUGAGCUUGGCUGUCGCAGCAACGACGAGUGUCCGCUGACCCAGUCUUGUAUCAACAGCGAGUGCAUCGACGCUUGCCUGAUCACUCAGUGCGGCGUUAACGCGCUUUGCCAAGUCGACGGAUACCACAAAGCACGUUGCUACUGCCAAGAUGGCUACUUGGGUAAUCCCUACGAACGUUGCGAACGACCCGAAUGUACCAGCGACAGCGAAUGUGCCUACAAUCUCGCCUGUCAGAAUCAGCGUUGUGUUAGUCCUUGUGACUGUCCAGCCGGAGCGCAAUGCCAUGUUCUUAAUCACCGAGCGACCUGUCGUUGUCCACCUGGAUACAUCGGCGAUCCUUACUUGAAAUGUGCCAAAGAAGACGUUGAUUACUCAGAGUGCAAGGUCGAUGCAGACUGCCCGAGCAAAUUAGCUUGCUUUAACAGCGUUUGCAAAAAUCCAUGCGUGGUAUCGCAGCCGUGCAUACCCAACGCUAAGUGCACAGUCAUUGAUACAUUGCCUAUGAGAACCAUGAUUUGCGAAUGUCCAAGAGAUUUCGUCGGUGACGCUACAAGAUCCUGUGUUAGAGCCGAUACAUCCACGGACGUUCUAUGUCAGUCGGACUCUGAGUGCCCGUCGAACAUGGCCUGCUUGAACAGACGCUGCGUCAGUCCUUGUCUCGCUAACCCGUGCGCGCAUACCGCCGAAUGCCGAGUGGCAAACCAUCGACACAUCUGCGAAUGCGCUGCUGGAUACGUUGGAGAUCCUUACAUUGACUGCAACCCCGACAGUAUACCUCAUCCAGAAUGUAGAUCUAACGCCGAAUGUCCAGCUGAAAAGGCCUGCAUCAACAACAUCUGUCAAAACCCUUGCAUGAACAACCGAUGCGGUUUGAACGCCGAGUGCAUUACCAUUCAGCAUCAUCCAACGUGCCACUGCCAGCAAGGGUUGGCCGGAAAUCCGCAAGUACAGUGCUUCGAGACUGAGUGCAAAUCUGACAAUGACUGCCCGUACGACAAAGCCUGCCGCAACAGCGUCUGCGUGACUCCUUGUCUGGUCGACAACGUCGUCUGCGGGCGAGGCGCCGAGUGCGUCGCGGUGGCUCACCGAGCACAAUGCUCGUGUCCACCGGGUACGCAGGGUGACGCCAGGAUCGCUUGUACGAUGGCGCGAUGCCAGUACAAUGAGGACUGCGCUGACCACGAGAUCUGCGAGCGCUUCAACAGAGUCUGCAGGCCAGCUUGCGACGAGGACAGCUGUGCUGAAGCAGCUAUUUGCGAGGCUCGGGGACAUCAACCUAGAUGCACUUGCAGACCUGGCACCUUCGGCAAUCCUUUCGUCGAGUGUGUCGAUUCUGGUAAAAAUCCAGCUCCAAAACCAGAGUGUACCGAGGACACGCAAUGUCCUUCGCUGGAGGCAUGCAUCAACGCUAUUUGCCAAGACCCUUGCGCGCUUUCCAACAUGUGCAGCGAAGAGCAAGAGUGUCGCGUCCUCGCCACUGUGCCCGUUCGCACAAUGAUCUGCCAGUGCCCACCGGACACUGUGAUCGAUAUCAGCGGCAAAUGCAAAAAGAUCGUGUACAGCCCACAAUGCUCAGCCGACGACGAGUGCAAGGACAACGAAAAAUGCUUGAGAGGAACUUGCAUCGAUGCUUGUCAUGUCACUCAGUGCGGAUUCAACGCGCAGUGCAGAUCGUCGUUCCAUAACGGCAACUGCUUGUGUCCUGCCGAUUACACCGGAAACCCACACAUCGAGUGCUCUCUGGUCCCAAUAAUUCCAAUACCACCACCUCAUCCCGAGUGCUACUCCAACGACGAGUGCAGCAAUGACAGGCAAUGCAUCAACUCUCUCUGUACGAACCCGUGCGUCACGAGCGACGUGUGCGGAGUCAACGCUCUGUGUCACGUGGACAAGCACUUUGCCGUCUGCAAGUGUCCCGAUCAUUACAUGGGUGAUGCUAAAGUCGAAUGCAUACCACCUGCAAUUGUGGCGGAAUGCCGAUCCAAUAGCGACUGUGCUGGAACGGAAUCUUGCUUCAACGGACUCUGUAUCAACCCUUGCAACUGCGGACCAAACGCCAAGUGUACGGUGACGAACCAUUAUCCAGCAUGCGUCUGUCAACCUGGCUACUCCGGCAACCCUCAACUUGGAUGCGUUAAAUUGGAAUGCGAAUCGGACACUGACUGUCCGUACACCGACACUUGCUUCAACAACCAGUGUAUCAGUCCUUGCAUCCUGGAUAACCGUUGCGCACUGAACGCAGAAUGCCGCGGCCACAACCAUCGCGCCAACUGCAAGUGCAAUCCUGGCUACUUCGGCAAUCCCGAGGUGCUAUGUGAGCGCGCCGAGUGUACCUCCGAUUACGACUGUCCAUCCGACCUGACAUGUCAGAACUCGCGCUGCGUCAACCCUUGCGCUAUCCAAUCGCCCUGUGCUCAAAACGCUAUAUGUUACGUAUCGAACCACGUCGCUGCUUGCCGCUGCCCAGAGAACAUGCCACUGGGCAAUCCCUUCUCGUACUGUGAGAGGAGAGUGGUCGAGACGGCUGACGAACCUGAGUGCAGGAAGGAUUCUGACUGCGCGUCCAGGCUGGCGUGUAUCAACGAGAGGUGCCAAGAUCCUUGCCCCGCUAUCAGGCCGUGCUUGGAAGGUGCUAAGUGUAACGUACUGGACACCGUGCCGGUCAGGACCAUGGUGUGCGUAUGUCCCACUGGAUGGAUCACCGACUCCGAAGGAAUAUGUAGACCAAUUCAACUGCACAACCAAGGUGUAUGCACGAGUGACGACGACUGCAGCGACAACGAGUCCUGCAUCAAUCGCCAGUGCCGCGAACCGUGCAGCUGCGGUGCCAAUGCCGUCUGCCACGUGAAGAAUCAUCGCGCAAUCUGCUCGUGCGAACCAGGCUACGAGGGUAAUCCCGACGUCGGCUGUCACAGCGUCGAGUGCAGGCGCGACUCCGAGUGUGCUUCCGACCGCUCCUGUGUCAAUAACAACUGCGUCAACCCGUGUCUGCUCUCGGACGUCUGCGGACCACACGCUGAGUGCUAUGUCGCCAACCACGCGGCUGAAUGUCGCUGUAGGUCUGGAUAUCACGGUGACGCUCAGCUCAGCUGCAGAGUUAUCGGUUGCUACAGUAACAGCGAUUGUCCGGGUGAGCACGCCUGUGUCAAUAUGCAGUGCGUGAAUCCUUGCCUGAGAGACAACGAGUGCUCGCACAGGGCCGAGUGCCACGUCAGGAACCAUCUUCCUGUCUGUAGAUGUCCACCUCACUACAGAGGCAACCCGUACGAGGCUUGUGUACCGGAAGAAGAGCCCGAGUGUCGCGAAGACGGUGACUGCCCAAGUCAACUGGCUUGUCUGAACCAGCGUUGUCAGGACCCUUGCACCAUUAUCCAGCCAUGCUACGAACCGUCCAAAUGCAAGGUUCUACCUAGCUUGCCAGUUCGUACGAUGGUCUGCAUAUGCCCGAGCGGCUACAUCAGCAGCGGAAGUGGAACAUGUCAAGUCAUCAAAUCGAUCCUUAGGGUCGAGUGCAAGAGCGACAGCGACUGUCCAUCUGAUCGAGCUUGUGUCAAUGCAAUCUGCAAAGACCCAUGUGCUUGCGGCACUAAUGCCAUCUGCCACGUUAGAGAUCACAAGCCUACAUGCUCUUGCAUUACUGGCUAUGACGGCAAUCCUGACAUCGAAUGUGUACCAGUGGGCAUAUGCCGAUCGAACAACGAAUGCCCAGGCACUCACGUCUGCAUUCAGCGGAACUGCGUGCCAGCCUGCUCACCAUCGCUCGAGGUCUGUGGUAAGAACGCCGAGUGCUACGGCAUUAGUCACAAGGCGAUAUGCGAGUGUCCUCCGGGCUUCAGCGGCAACCCAACCGUCGCUUGCGCACCAAUUGUCGGCUGCCGCCGUGACACCGACUGCCCAUCCGAUAAGGCUUGCAUCAACGAGCGCUGCGAGAACCCGUGCACUGCCAACCCUUGCUCACCGGACUCUGAGUGCAACGUUUACAACCACGUUGUUGAGUGCGCCUGUCCACCGGGCUAUGUCGGCACGGAACUGGCCAACUGUAUACCAAUUGGAUGCCGAAGCGAUGACGAGUGUCCAUCUCAACAAGCCUGCAUCAACAGAAAAUGCGUAAACCCGUGUGAUGAGAUUCAUCCAUGCGGUGUAAACGCCGUAUGUAAGGUCUUGGACACACAUCCAGUGCGAACAAUGACCUGCGAUUGUCUACCCGAUUAUCGCGGAAACGCCGUUGAGAUCUGUGAACCAAUCUGUCAAUUAGAGAAGGGCCAGAUUCGUAAUGAGUACGGCGAAUGCAUUUGUCCACCUAAUCACGCGAAGAAUGACAAGGGAAUAUGUAUACCAUGCUACCCAGAGGCUGGAGUUAUGAUCGACGAGAACGGUAUUUGCAGAGCUAAGAAAUUCGAGGACUUCAAGAAAUCGAUGAGUGUCAAGUGUCUGUCGGACGGAGUUUUGGUCACUCUAUCCGGACAAGGCGAAGCCUUCAAUGGCAUAAUUUACGUGAAGCACUACAGCUCUGAUGAACAAUGUAGACGUGAUCUGACAUUUUUGAAAGAACAUCCGGUAACAGAAGAGUUCAAGGUAUCCUUCGGCACUUGUGGACUGACACACGUCAAUGGAGUGGCCAGCUUCACCUUGGUCAUUCAGAGGCAUAAGAAACUCAUGACGUACAACGCCCAAGCCUACAGCAUCAAGUGUCUGUACCAGAUCGGAGAGCAGAACAUCACUCUCGGUUUUAACGUUUCGAUGAUGACGACUGCCGGUACGAUAGCGAACACCGGACCUCCGCCCACUUGUAGAAUGAAGAUUGUUAGUCAGAGCGGAAACGAAAUCAGCCAAGCUGAAAUCGGAGAUGGUCUGAAGUUGCAAGUUGACGUCAGUCCUACAUCGAUCUAUGGAGGAUUUGCUCGUUCUUGCGUUGCUAAAACGACCGAGAACGAGAUAGAGAAUGAAUACGUAGUAACGGAUGAAAAUGGAUGCGCCACAGAUCCAACGAUCUUUGGCGAAUGGGAGCAAGAUCCUGAAACGCAAACUCUAAUGGCCAAUUUCAACGCGUUCAAAUUCCCAAGCAGCGACAACAUUCGUUUCCAGUGUAACAUUCGAGUGUGCUUUGGAAAAUGUCAACCGGUUAAUUGCAGAGGAUACAAUGCCUUUGGCAGAAGGCGUAGGGAUACUUCAAGUUCGAACGACACCGCCCUGAGCUUACCUGAUAAUGUUAUAGGAGACGAGCGAGGAAACAUAAACGUCACCUCGAACUCCAUCGUGACUAUCGAGCGACGAGAAGAUAAAUAUUCGCUUUACCAACCAAACGAUCCUGCACCCCGACUGUCCGAGGAAGUUUGUGUUUCCAUGGUCGGCUUCAUAAUCUCGCUUAUAAUCACGGCACUUUUGGCACUAGUCGCUGUGGCUAUUGCUGUGUCAUGCUGGCUGAUGGCGUAUCGACGCCAGCCAAAGACUGCUGGACCACUGCCACACCCGCCAGAGUUCCCCAACCCCCUGUUCACCACUGAAUCGGUGGCCGAACCCUCACCUGACUACUACCUUUCAUAAGUUAAACAUAUCUACGAAAAAUUAAAAAAAAAACGAAAAAGAUAUGAUCUAUAGAUUAAGAUAUACAUUUAGAUAUUAAUAAUUACUUUAUAAUUAACAUAAUUUUAUAAUAAUUAUAAUUAUAGGCGAAUGUGGGGAAAAUGCGCUGUGGAGCUGGUGGUUACUCGUCCUAUAAAUCAUCAGCUCUGCGGUUCCGGCAUUUUCGAGUGCAUCUCCUCCAGUGACUUAACUAUCCCAAACUCCUUAUUCAUUUUCUUACAACGCAUAUAGUAGUACUUCCUCUCACUCAGGGUUACAUUUUUAUAUUUUAUAUAUUAUAAAUGACGAAUGUGAAAAGCUUUCUCUCUAUUAUAUAUUGUAUGUGUUUGAGUGGUCGGAUGUGGACACUCGCUUAGGCGUCAGCGAGAGGUCUGAUUUUCGACUUGUUAGUUUGUUUUAAUUUCUUCGGGGUGAUGGUCUCGAAUUAAAUUGUCUGUGCGAGAAAACUUUUCUACUCUACUUUUUAUACUCAUCUCUAAGCUCUUCUAUACUGAUCCUUUUUAUAAAUAUACUCUAGUCAAUGGAGGAUUUGUUUUAUAAAUAUAUAUAAUUGUAUACCAAGAAUAUAAUUCCUGUGUAAAGACGAUUAAACGAAAUAGCUUUCUUAAACGUAUAGUAGACAAUUGUACAUUUUAUCUAAUAAAACAUUAAUUAAAUUAAA